AUGGCGCUGUCUGUGAUGCAUUGGGAGAAAGGUGAAAUGUACAAGACAACCCGUAAGUUGUUAAGGUUUCUGUUGCCACCCCAGGGGAGUGGGAAUGGCUUCGGAGGAAUGGCAAGGUUGGGUGGAUUGCUGCUUUACACCGCUAUGUGUUUACUUUGUGGCUGGGCAGGUACAAUCAGAUUUCUUCAGAAGCCUGUUUAUGGUCUGUAUUUCCUGUUCUGCCAUGCAUUGGACUGAGAAAACCAUAGGUCUGACACAGCAUAAACAAAGUCCCAUUCUUUUGCAAACAUUCUGAAAUCUCUGAAGCAAAACCAAAGAGUGUUGUUACUCAUAAUCUCUUCUGGUAUAUGGUGCGUUCCAAAAUUGUAGUGUCGACUAGUUAACUGAUUUUUCUUUUCUUGCUUGUAAAGAUUUUCUUUUUCACUUUAUAAUAUGUGUAAAAUGGAGAACAAUUAUAACAACAGAUGAAAAACAAAACAGGCAUGCAGAAUGAGUGCGGUUGUGCAUGGGUUAAAACAACAAAGUCCAAGUAAAGACUAUUAAUGUUAUCAGAUCAUCAGGUAUAGUUCCAGAUUUGCUAGGCUAGCGAUGAGGGUUAUCUUGAAAAUGAUGGUUCCACUGUAUAUUUCAUAAAAGAAUGCCGAAUCAUAUAAAAAGAUUCAGGAAGUUGUAGUCGAAAUAUAAAAUUAUGAGUAGUUUCUUGGGAAGGAGGAGGGUUUGGCUUUCAUCUCAUUUAUUAAAUUCCUUUCAUACUUGUUCUAUUUCUUUGGAGCCGUGGGAGUUGGAAAACUUCCUCAAUGUGUCAGCGUAUAUUAUUGAACUUCCUGUUUGUGCAGGAAGUCAAAGGAACAGUGCUCUGGUACUAUGAAGGUGGCCAAGAUUGGCCUCGCCUUGAUCAAGAGACAGAAUGUUUGCAAUGAUAGCGUGGAAUGUUUUGCUGUCCUUGGGUGUGACUCUUCUGCCUCUUCUCCCUUUCAACUUGAGCCAAGUCUCACUCGUGGUCCUUCCACCAUCUUAUCUGCCACUUUCAUAUGGGCGCAAUUUUUGGCUGUCAGACGGGGACAUACCAGACAUGUAAUUCAAAUGGAAUAGAAUUACCUGUGCUCAGAUAUCUGCACUGGUUGCCAAUUUGCUAGGGAGGCAAGUUCAAAGUGUUACUAUUCAUAUGUCAAGACCUUAGCAACUUGGGACCAGAUUACCUGCAAGGUUGCCUUAUUCCAUAUAUGCCCACUAGACCCCUUUGAUCUGUGCAACUGGCCCUGUUAUAGGUGCUGCAGAACCCCUUCUGCAUUUGUAAGAAAUCAAUCUUUUAGUGUGGCAGCAUCUACACUCUGAAACUUCCUGUCUUAUUGGCAUGAGACACCUUCACUGUACUCUUUUCGGUGCCUGCUAAAAACAUUUUUGUUUUAACCAGAAUCUUUCUUACUAGGAAUUAUAGGUGAAGAAAUACCAAAGGAGCAGAAAAGACUUUUUAUGUAUGCAACGGCAGCUGCGAGAAUGCUUCUCUACUCCCAGAGAUGGAAGGAAGACAGUGUUCCAACCAGGGAGGAACGGACAAUUAAAAUGAUGGAAUAUGCUAAAAUGGCACAAAUGACAGGGGAAAUCAGAAAUCAAGAAGAUAAGAAAUUUAAUAAGGAGUGGAAAAAAUACAUAGACUAUCUUGAAGAACACUGUAAACAUUUAAACUCGUUAGCAGGGUUGACUUAACACUUGUAAUGGAAGAAUUUGAAGGUUAAAAUUUGGACACAUACAAAACAUAGAUCAAUGUUAUAAGAUGCAGUAUAAAAAAGAUUUAUAAUGGAAACCAGGAGGGAGUGGAGGGAGGUCUGAGAGUUCAGGGAAUCCUUAUAUGUAUAAAAUUGAUUGUUUUUUUGAAAGGAAAAGAUAUUUGUAAAAACUGAUUUUUUCUGUUAAAAAACAUUUUUGUUGAAUGGAGAUGUAUGUUUUAAUCUGUUUUUAGCUUACUGCUGAUUGAAUGUUUCAAGAGCUGUUUUAUAGCUUUUACUGAGAACUCUGUUGAGAAUUCUAUUCUCUUUGUAAACCACGUUGAGAUGUUGUUUUACAGUCAAGUGAUGUAUACAUUUUAUGAAGCAAGCAAGCAAGCAAACAAACAAACUGCAUAUAACACCUGAAGCAUUUGGGGGGAAGUAGCUUAGGAGGAUACAAAAAUGAAAAAUAAAUUAUUGGAGGAUGGGGGAGUGCCAUACAGAUGUUCCCUAAAUGUACUCAGAAUAAGAACAGGAUCAACACAGGGUGGUUGUGUGCCCUGCUUUCUAGAUGACAGUGUCCUUUUUGAAGUGCUGUCUGGUUCAAGUCCAGUUUGUAGAUAAAGAAGCAUCAGGAGGGAGAGCAGGAGGGGGCCUUGCUGCUGCCCAUCAACAGAUAACACCUGCAUAGCAGACAAAUGGAUCACCUGGUUAUAGUCUUCCUCACUCUGGCACUGUAUGUCUAUUUAAAUAAUAGCACUUAUCUAAGUUUGCAUGUAUACAUAUAAAACAGGAAAUCUAAUGCAAAGUUCCAGUAUGAAAAUUUUAUGCACACUGGUAACCCUUUUUGUGGCCUGCCCCCGCCCCUUAGCAAUAUAUUAAAUAAGCAUUUUAAUAGUAGCUUUGAAGAGUGAGUUCAGUUAGCAUGCACAAUAAACAUAGUGCAUGCAAAUAUAAUUUCCAUUAACAGAGCUGAUGGCGUCUAGUAAUGCGGGGUGUGGCUGGUGACAUAUGCGGGACGGGGGGACGGGACAGGAGCAGUAUAUGGCCAAGUUUCUCUUUCUCACCUGAAAUAAUGUUGCAAGAAAUCAAUGAUAAGAUUGUCAGUGCCAUUGCAGCAACAAAAUGUGCUCUUGAGAUCUUGUACCUGCCAACUUCUACUUCUUUAAUAUGCUUUAGUAUUACUGUUUGCUGUACGGCCUACAGCUAUAUUCUCACAAAAGCAAGGAACUGGAUAUAAAACACUCCAGUCCGGAAACUACACAGAAAAAGGAGUAGGAAGAGUUUGGAUUUGAUAUCUCGCCUUUCACUCCCCUUCAGGACUCUCAAAGCGGCUAACAUUCUCCUUUCCCUUCCUCCCCCACAACAAACACUCUGUGAGGUGAGUGGGGCUGAGAGACUUCAAAGAAGUGUAACUGGCCCAAGAUCACCCAGCAGCUGCAUGUGGAGGAGCGGACACGCGAACCCGGUUCCCCAGAUUACAAGACUAUCGCUCUUAAACACUGCACCACACUGGUAGGGUUCGUAGGGACACUAUAGUUCUUGCAAACCUGCUGUGAUGGCUUAAAGUCUAACCCUCCAGCACUGCAAACAUUAACCACGUCAAGUAUAAAGAAGUCCAGAUCUUGCAGUCAGAGAACAAAUAAUACAUAGCCGGAAUAAAUGAAAUAAUCCAUUAAAACCUUUUUAAAACUCUUAUCUAUCUGUCGAUCUUACAGGUGAACAACCAACCAACCAACCAGAACAGUAACACAGUAACACUUAUGCCUUUCAGAAUGUUGGAAUAAUAUUGGAUAUUAUUCUCCAGAGAUACGUAUGUCAUCAGUCAUGGGGAUAGACUUUUGUUAUCGAAAGCCACUUUUCCAAAGAUUUCUUGUGUUUGAGGUGGUGUCAGGUGUUGUCCUUUCUUCAUGGUUCUUAAUUUGUAGGUCAAUUUUCCACGAAUAAUAUGUGAAUUCAUGAUGGUAAGAAUACUCCUCCAGGGUCAGUCCAAAGGUCCAACUAAUCCAGUUCCCUGUAUUCACAUAGUAACCAGCCAGUUCUAUGGGAACCCCAUAUGCAAAGCUGGAGAACAAUAGCUUUCUCUUGCUGUUCCCCAGCAACAGAUCCUCACAUGUAUGAGGCUCUGGAUUCUGGAGGUGGUUUAUAACCAUCAUAGCUACAACCAAUUAAUAGCGUAAUAUUUGUGUUGUAGCUGAACGGAAAAAAUGAGGCUCGGGGAAAUUAAACAAUGCAUCAACUCAUUUGAAAGGAGACAUAAUGAUUAACCAGGGUUUAAGAAUCACAGUGUGUCCAGCUUUGGGGGAGUCCCCUGACAUUUCAGAAUACAGUGUUUGAUGGUCACAGAAUAUGAACCCAAACACAUAAGCAAGGGGCAGAGUGCAACUGUAAAAUGAUCGUGAUUCACAAAAUUUAUUAUUUAUACCCUGCCCAUCUGGCUGGGUUUCCCCAGCCACUCUGGGCGGCUCACAGCAUAUAUCAGAACAUACUGAAACAUCAUACAUUAAAAAACUUCCUAAAUACAGAGCUGCCUUCAGAUGUCUUCUAAAAGUCAGAUAGUUUCUUAUUUCCUUGACUUCUUUAAGGGAGGGUGCUACACAGGGAGAGCACCACUACAGAGAAGGCCCUCAAGGUGUAACCUUAAAGCUUACAAGCUAAAUAGAUACAAGACAAACAUUUAUCUUUAUCACUCUCUUAUCUGCAUGUACAUGUAACACUAUUGACUUACAUAAACACCUGGUUUAUGGCAGACAAUCCUGACCAUCCCUCAUAAAAAGAGGCAAAGGUCCAUCUGCUCCACCAUCCUGUUUUUCACAGGGGUUAACCAAGUGCUUCCAGAAAGCCCACAAGCAGAUGAAAAUAGCAAGAGCCAUCCCCUGCUUUUCAGCUAGCAAAGAAGAACACUACCUUGGAACCAGAACGUUAAUACCCACUGACAGGCUUCUCUCCAUAGUCUUCUCUAAUGCCACCUUAUCACCUUCAAAAUUGAUGGUCAUCACCACAUUAUGUGGCAGUGAGUCAGGUAAGUUAAUUAUAACCUGUUCGAGGAAAUAGCCCACAGUUCUGCAAACAGAAUGGCUGCAUUUGGGCACAGUGCUAAAUGAUGGUUUUGCAUUAUGUGAAUUAGCAUUAGGCUCAUCAGCCCCCCUCUGGCACAGCCCCCAAGAGAUCAGAAACCACAUUCUGCUGCCUUCCAACUUCCCUGCCUCAGCUAGUAUCAGACAUUGAAAACCCUGAGAAUGGUGAUCUCUGUGGAGUUUAAGAUAUCCCAAAUAUCUGAAGAUGCGCCUUCUCUCUUGCCAACCUGUCAAGGUAUUUAAAUUGGCAGGGGAGGCCCUACUUGCAAUACCCCAAUUCCCACCUAGUGAAUUUUUGGGGGGUGGUAGCAUGUGAGGGAGCUUUCUCUGGGGGACCCCUAGACUGUGGAAUGCCAUACAAUGGUACCUUGGGUUAAGAACUUAAUUCGUUCUGGGGGUCUGUUCUUAACCUGAAACUGUUCUUAACCCGCAGCACCACUUUAGCUAAUGGGGCCUCCCGCUGCUGCUGCUGCGCCGCCGGAGCACGAUUUCUGUUCUCAUCCUGAAGCAAAGUUCUUAACCCGAAGUAAUAUUUCCGGGUUAGCAGAGUCUGUAACCUAAAGCGUAUGUAACCUGAAGUGUAUGUAACCCGAGGUACCACUGUAUGUAUAUAUAUAUAUAUAUAUAUAUAUACAGUGGUGCCCCGCAAGACGAAUGCCUCGCAAGACGGAAAAACCGCUAGACGAAAGGGUUUUCCGUUUUGAAGUUGCUUCGCAGGACGAAUUCCCCUAUGGGCUUGCUUCGCAAGACGAAAAUACCUUACGAGUCUUGAGGGUUUUUUUUCGCUUUCCCCCCCCUUUAUCUAAUCUGCUAAGCCUUUAAUAGCCUUUAAUAGCCUUUUAGCAGCUAAUCCCCUAAGCCUUUAAGCCUUUAAUAGCCGCUAAACCGCUAAUAGCGCUAAUCCGUCAAUGGGCUUGCUUCGCAAGACGAAAAAACCGCUAGACGAAGACUCUCACGGAACGGAUUAAUUUCGUCUUGCGAGGCACCACUGUAUAUAUAUAUAUAUAUAUAUAUAUAUAUAUACACACACACACACACACACAAGUAAAGACACACAUCUUUUCCCAGGCCUUCACAGGAGAUUGGAACAAAUAAAAUAAAAGGUAGCUACCUCCUGCAGAAUGUUUAACUGGUCUGUUCUAACUGUGGUUUUCGUUAUUUUUAUGUUUUAUGCUGUUAUGCAUUUUACUUAUGUUCCCCACUUUGGCAUCAUGCAGUGAAGGGUGGAUUAUAACUGUGAUUAAUAAGCAAGCCUUGACUAGCGGAGCUCAGGACUUUGUUGCCAUUGUGGGGCUGUUCCAAUAUGUGAUUGGACUAACACAUGUAGGUGUGAAACAUGUAUUAUCAACAAUGGGAUACGACAAGUCAGGACUACUUCAUUCAUGGCAUUUUGUACUGGGGCAUAGCAAAAAAGCAUGGCCUGUGAAAGUCAUGCAAUCAUUUCUUCCUCCAACCUCUUUGGAAGUUCUUGUGUACUGUAGUUUUUGAACACGUGUUAUGUACGGUAUGUAUUUUUCUGUGCUGAGAUUCUUCCUUUAAAAUAAAUGAUAAUAUGUUUAUAAUUAAAUUAGCAUGAGAAAAGUAACAUAUUAUCCAGCAGCAGGACAAAAACAGUAGCCAGGUAAAGGAAGCUCUGCCUUUGUGUGCCGUAGUGAUGGGCAUUUUGCUGAGUACACCGAAGAGUAAAUUAUGGUUUUCAUGAGAAACAGAACAGUUGAUCAAAGGUCAAGCUUCGCUGGGGGGGGGAGGGGGAGAGAGCAUAAAUAAGCAAAUUAGGUGGCAUAAGCCAUCACCCUCUGCUGGAAUUUCAGUUUGUUUCAGUUCAGUACACACUAAACAAUGAUUGCAGCAUGGAAGGUUUCUCUUCCCCAGCAUUGAGUGGCAUCAAGUGGCUGAAUCCAGUUCUGCUAUUUCGCAAGCAGAGAGACAGGGAUAGUUCAGGUGCAAUGUCAAGUGGUAUGAUUCUCUGUGCAUGAAACUGGCUGGACUCUCAUCUUCCUCGCCAUGCUGCAAUUCCUUUUCUCCUUCACGGUGUGAGGCAAAACACAGGUGACUGUUUCAUCUGAAUUGGCUAACUAUGGCUUGUGCUUUUCCCUGGAAACCAGUAUUAGAAACCAGGAUCAAUACCUGGUUUGCAGGCAAAUGCAACCAUAACUUGCUGGUUUGGUUGAAGAAAAGGAGGAAGGGAAUCAACAUGCACAAGGGAAGAUAUAAUGUGUAAGUUCUAGGGUCCAGUUGGGUUCCUGUGCAUAAUACGAAACAAUAGUUUGGAGAUACUUUUAGAUCAAAUCAUCAGAUUCCAGAUCUGAAAACGCAGAUUUGGGUGACCAGAAUAAAUUGUGUAAAGUCAUAUUUAUUCUCAAAAAUCACGGUUUUCAAAUACUUUGGAAACUUUUUUAAAGUAAGCUGGUUAUGUAUGAAAAAAAGAGGAAAUAAUAGAAGGAACAUUUUGAUAAAAUGGCCAGUGAAGUGAAGGGGAAUCUCCCCCCCUCUCCCCCCAGCUCCCCAUACCUGCUUUAUUCAAACCUCUGCUAGCGUUUUAUCUUAAGCCCCCCUUCCCUGACUUCAGGUGAAUCCAAGACUGUGAUACAGCACUGUAAAUCCUCCAAUGUGGGCUGCACAUUGAAAACCUUACAUUUUUAUGUAUAUAGAAAGGUCGUAUGCAAAAUUAUUUGUAUCUUGGCUUUUCUACCAAAUGAAGCUCAAGGUGGCAAACAACUAUAAUGCAAAUACAAUAAAAUAUAAGAAAAUAGGAUAAAACAGGAAGAAAAUACAUUUUAAAAAACCAAAAACACUCCCCCAAGGUAGCUAAAAGAGCAAUAAAAACUACAAAACCAAUUAUGACAUAUUUAUAAGUCAGCUUAUGACUUAUAUUUGCCUUCUUGUGGAGGUUUAUCAGAGAAGGAUCUAGCCAGGUCUUCUUUGGCAAGGAGUUCCACAGAACAGGGGCAGCCACUGAGAAGGCCCUCCCUCAAGUUCCUGCCCAAUGUUCUUCAAAUGUUGGCAGCUCAGAGAAAAGGGCCUCUCCCUUAAAAUUAGACAGGCUCAUAGGGGAGAAUGUGCUCUUUCAGAUAAUGCAGUCCCAAAUCAUGUAGGGUAAAUCACAGAAUUGAACACUGGAAAUGCUAGCCAUGACUGAUGGGAAUUGAACCCAAAACAUGUUGAAGGCUAGGUACCUAUAUUCAGGCAGCACUGGUGCCUAGCCAAUCAGCAGUGUUGACAUUAGGCUGACUUGCUUUAUUUGCCUUGGGGAACAAUUUCUCUUGCUUCCAGUUCCAAUAAGGUAAAAUCAGGGAACUAGAAGGCAGACUUUCAGGCUGAAGUGGUAGUGUUAUAUAAAAGAGAAUACACAAUAUAUCAAAAUCUUGGAAAUAGGAUGUGUCACAUUUCUGACAAUCACAUUUAAUCUGCCCAUUAUGAUUAAAGCUAUGAGCAAUCUUAUUUAAUCUGCUCGCUAUGAGAAGCAUUGCAGUUAUUUGCAGGGUGUUGGACAGGGGUCAGCAAACUUUUUCAGCAGGGGGCCAGUCCACUGUCCCUCAGACCUUGUGGGGGGCUGGACUAUAUUUUUUUGGGGGGGGGGAUGAACAAAUUCCUGUGCCCCACAAAUAACCCAGAGAUGCAUUUUAAAUAAAAGGACACAUUCUACUCAUGUAAAAACACGCUGAUUCCCGGACUGUUCGCAGGCCGGAUUAAGAAGGUGAUUGGGCCGGAUCCAGCCCCCAGGCCUUAGUUUGUCUACCCAUGAACUAGAUGGUCCUCAGGGUCGCUUCCAACACUACGGUUCUAUGAUUCUGAGAGUGGAAACAGGUUUGAUCCUAAACUGAAAGUAAAGGUAAUACUAGCCUGCAACUCCUCGUUAUAAUGGCAAAGUACAGUGAAACAUAGAUCUAUGAUGCAGCCAAAAAUAAUUCAUGGAAAAGUACACACUUAAGAUUUCUCUCAGAUACUGAUGUGUCACUCAAGUUCCUCUUAUUUGGAGUUUCGAGACUAUUUUUCAAAGUGUGUUGACACAAACCUAGCAAAACUAGUGCAGAUUCUCUGGUAAAUAUGUCAUCUUGUAAUGUAAUACCAGUGUUUCAUGAUGCACAGGACAGCAUUCUGCGGUUUUGCUUUGAAUUGCACAAGCCAAGAGUAAAAGGCAGCAUGUCCAAAGUGUCUUUUCUUUACCUUGGGGAAAGGGGUGAUUCUUUCUGCAAUGGUUCAGCUCCUGAGUUGAAGGUAUGAUAAUAUAUAGCUCAUGGAUUCUAAUCUUGGCUUUUCGGUCGACCCAACAUGCAUUGAUCAUAAGUUUUCUGUAGGUGUUGAAUGGCCUUUACAUGACGAAAAUCAUAGUGGGAAACAAACAUAUUGGAGUUUCAACUAAUGGGGGCUUUGUGGGCAGGGAGACUUUUGUUUCGCAUGCCCUUUACAGAAAAUACAAAGUUAACUUGUGUCAGAAAUGUAGACAUCUUUCCUUUUUUUAUGGGUAGUGGUGGCCCUCAGAAACAUUAAAUCAUUGUAGCAGCUUACAACUUAUUAGCUCCCACCCAGUGAAGUAAAUACUGUAAUAAUUUUCCUGCAGGAUUACUCUCACACAUUGUCACAGUCACAGGACAGAAACCUCCCCCUCAGCAUAUCAACUGAGGUUGGAAUUAUCACCCCUCCCCGCUUAUCAAAUCAUUGAUCUGAUGACUGGAGAGGGGGCAAUUUGCAUCCCUAAAGCACUCUGUGCCCGCUUUAUUUAUUUAUUAAUCUUCGUGGAUGCCACCACUGCCAAACUGGUAAAAUCUUGGGGAAUAAAAAAGAAAAAGAAAAGGCUUAUGGGAGGGGCUGAACCAGACCCUCAGUUUGGGUGUUUUCUAAGAAUAUCAGAUUGCUUUACCACAAGCCCACUUUUGAGAAUGCAGGAAGGAAGGAAGGAAAGAAGGAAAGACCUCUGGUUCUGUCAGAAGAGCUUCUGCAAGAACAGGGCAAAUAAUGCUUUUUGGCAAACAGUACAGUAAACUUAAGUUAUGCAGGCAAUAGUGGACUCUCAUACGCUGCCCUCCCCAUCAACUAAAACGAAAGAAGUACUUAACUGACUGACCAAUCAUGUUGGUAGUGCACCCCCCAACAAAAAUCCUGGCUAUGUGCCUAAGGGACUCCUGUGCUUGACAGAAAUUAGGAGUGCCAUCUUCAUCACCCUGUUUGUCUUUCAGACAGGUUUGUCCUAGGUUUUAAUUCAGAUGGCGCACCAUUUACAUGUAACUCAAAAGAUGGCGACUGAAUUGCCAGUCUCACGCUACAUUCAUGGCACAGGUCCCCCCCCCCCAUUUCAAGAAAUCUUUACACUUUCAGUGCAAGCUUCCACAUAUUCAUGCAGAAAUAAGACAGUGUCCAGUGGGGCUUAUUUCCUAGUAAGUUUGUACAGCAUCGCCGCCUCAGACAGCCUUUACCUGAGAGUAAGUCCUAUGGAAAAGAACUUCUAAGUAUAUUUGACUGUGCUGUUUACCUCCCAUUCUGUUCUCCCUCAGAGAGAGGUCAAACAGAGAGGGAAGCUGGAGUUUGGACUCCGGUGUAAAAAAAAAAGAGAGAAAUGUUUCGCUUCCAGUCUAGAAUCCACUUCUUCCCAAUGUGCUGGUUUCCCCCUUUCCCAGAAGCCAAACAGGAGAUGGAAACUCUGGGCUAUCCUCACAACAACAGCAGCAGCAGCAGCAGCAGCUCCUCCUGCCUUGUGGGAAGCACCCCAUGCAGAAAACACGUGUGAAAGAGCUGCAAGCAAACAGGCAAACCACAUUACCAACACAGGAAAGAGGGCCUUAGGUGUUCACUCCCAAGCAGAAACACUGAAAUUAAUGAAAGAACGUGCUGCCUUAGGUGCAUUAAAUGUCAAGAGGUCUGCUAAGAGCAAAAACAAAACACCACCCAUCAGGGGUGCCAACCUGAAUAAAAUGGGGGAGGCGGGUAAGCCCUACUCUGCAUAAUCAAUCACAUGAGGCGAUGCACGGACACUAUUUGAAUGGCAAAGCCAGCAACUUUGGGGGCGGACGCCUCAAAUAUUUCACUGGGGUAGGGGUGGGCGAAGGGACCUCGGCCCCUAGGAGUCCACUUCCUCUUUAAGCGAAUGUGUCCUCCCGGCCCAAAGCGCCCUAACCUUUUAACCUUCGAAUAAAGUCACCAGGCUGGCGCAGGAGGUUUCCCUUCCUGGGAGUCUUCAAGGUGGGGAGGCUCAGCCCGGCUCACCCAGGCCUGCAAGGCCCCCCUCCAAUACUCAGCAAUAUUGGGGGCUGGCUUGUGGCAGGCGAAAGCCUUCCGAGACCUCGCUCGGGCGGCGUCCCCUAGCGCAGCGGACUCGUCCAGCUGCCCCGUCUCCUCGCCUGCCUCUGAACUUUUCCUUGUGCGCGGAGGAGGGGCCGGGCUCGCCCCGCGACCUGGAGGGCUUCCCUCUCCUCGAGUGGGCAGGCCGUUGGCGGCGGCUGCAGCGGGCGGAGCCUCCUUCUCCUCCUGCCGCGGACUCCCUCGCCUUCUCGGACUUCUUGCUCGCAGCCGAGGCGCGGCGCAGCGCCGUCUUAGCGCCAGGCUCUGUCCGUCCGUCCGUCUCUCUCCUCCCUCUCUCCGCCACGGCCUCCUGCCCAGAUGAGGCUCCGUCCCUUAGCGCUGAAGACCCGCCGGAGCGACGGGAGGGCCGAAGAGUGAGGCAGCAAGGAGCCGCCGCCGGGAAGCACAGGCUGCUGGGAGCCCAAGGCGGGAAAGCCCCGGCGCUGCAGCGCAAGCGGCUCCAGUCACGCUGGAGGUUAGCGAAAGAGCAGCAGCGCGCCGGGCGCGGUAAGGAGAAGCGAACGUCUGUGGAGAGGAGGGGCCGCCUGACGGUGCUGCAAAGAUCUCCAGCUGCCUGGCUGUUAGGACGCUGGCGCCUUCCCCACCCAGAUCUGAGGGAGGACUUGCCUCUUGGGCCAGCGGAGAGGGAAGGGGCCGGCCUGGGCGAGUUGAACGAGGUCGCUUGCGAGGCGACCCUUCUCUCUGCGCUUCAGUCUAUUGCAGAAAUGGGGGCGGGUGGGAUGCGACGCUUUGUGCGGAAGGAUUGCGGGUACCAAGGCUGACACUCCGCGCAAAUCCCUAGGCUCACGUGAAGCGGGUUAUUUCUUUCCCACCUGGAUGUAGCUGGGGGGGGGGGGGAUCUCUGCGUACGAAGGCAAAGGGAAAGCGGGUAGGUCCUGCAAGCCUUGAACAGCCUUCCCACCUCAGGCUUGGAGCGAGGCAGCGCGUGGCUGCGCGAGGCGCGGCGGGUUUCGAGAGGAGCUUGGCGAAUCGGUUUCAAACUUUGUAGGACGCGAGAGAAAAGUGCCCCCCCCCGGCAUCCGCGCAGGUUUCGGGGUCCUGCCUUUGUCUCUCCCCGACCUCCCCCUUCCCAAUGUGGCGUGAAGUUUGGGAGCGAGGCAGACGGAGAGAGCGCUUUCUUCCUUUCAAACUUCCCCUCGCGUCGGCGAGAGACGCAGCCCGCGCUUUCCUGGGGAGGAAUCCUGUAGUGAUCACAGAUCUCGGGGCUUCUCUCCUCGUGCUUUUUUCAAAGCCGGAGGGGAAACCUUUCCCGCUUUCCAUGCCUCCCUGUCCCUCCUGCCUCCCGUGCUUCCAGGAAAAAAGGGGAAAAGUUUAAGGCCUCGGAGUGAAACGAGAUCUGCUGAGAGAGGCGUGACUUCCUGCCUCUCGGUGCUGUUAGCAAGCAGCCGAAAAGGGCCGACGUGGUAGAGAGCGGCUGCAGCAGCAUCGCUCCUUGAAAAGGUUAAAUGCAGACAGGCAGUGGUGGCCCAGUCUUCCCUUCCCUCCCUCCCUAGCCCGCCCCCUCAAUCGUUGUGGCUUAUAAUUUUCUCUGUCUCACUUUUCUUCCUACGCUCUUAAAAACAUUUAUUCGGUUUUGGUCCUGGUGAGGUGAGUCUGCGCAAACAGUUUAAAGAGAUGUCUGGGCCCUUUGAUUUUUUCCGCGGUGAAAGUUAGGCAAGUUUAAACAAGAACAGCCUUCACCUCUUGUGACUUUUCCCCCAAGGACCUUGCGCCUAUUAUGUGUUGGUUUUACAGCUUGCAGCUGAAAGGUUUAACAAAACCAUUCCCAGUCUCCACAAACAUUUGUCUUUCCACAAAUCCAGACUUCCCGAAAGCUGAAAUUCUGAAUUUUAUUAAGGUCAAGACUUUGGCCCUAGUGAUGUUAAUUGCCUUUAUGUUUUACAACCAAUAUCAAUCAUAAAUAUACUUGGAUGAUAUCCAACUAAUAUAUACACAAGACUAGAUCCACUGAAAUCAUCAGGCUUAAAUCCACUAAACAUUACACAUCAUCCGUAUGUACUCAUCUCUGGUCCAUUUGCUUGAAAGCUAAAUGGAAAUCAUUUUGAAGCUGUAUUCACACAGCAGUUAAUUCCAUUAUCCCAACUGUCCCUUAAAUGCUAAUUUCAGCAUUGUAUUUUAACUUUUAGGUGUCAUAGAAGCCAAUUCUGGAAAUGUAGCAGAAUAUAGCACAAGUUUAGCUCUCAUUUCCGUGUUAUUUCCUUCUAGACUUCAUUUGCAAAUAAUACAGAAAUGGGUGCUAUAUUCUGCUGUGUUUCCGGAAGGGUGGAAGUUCAAAUAGAAUGUGCAAAAAUGACAGUUAGGGGAACAUUGUGAAAAUGGAAUAGACUUGUAUGUAAAUGCAGCCUAGGUAAGUGGAUCAGACCAACAUGGAUGAAUUAAAGGUUCUGGAAUCUGGAAUAGCAGAUUCUGUAAGUGCAUGUGUUUAAGAAUCUCUACAGGACAGAGUGAAAUUUGGCCACUGUAAACGGGCAUGAGAGAAAUAGUUAUUUGGUUGUCAAAAUUGUUGCUUACUGUUUCAAGCUGUGGCUUCCCUUUGUUGCUUGCUGCACGGUAAUCAUUAGACCUAUUUAUAGACUGUGUAGUCCACCCCUGAACAUAUUUACUUCCAAGUCCCACUGAUUUUAAUGGGACUUACUACUAAGAAAUGUCUGUCAGAUUGCAAUGCAAACUAGGCAAACUGAACAAAGUUGCUCAAACAUGCUUGCUUUACAUGUUCAUCACAGUUUGCUUCUAAAGACUUUUCUCUCUGGAUGCGUCCCAUUUUUAUUUUAGGUUUUAGUUUUUGCACAUGAAGGAAAUUUAUUGGAAAGGCAACGAAACACGGGCUACAGAACGAUGGAAAAUAUUUUGUUGUCGUUCUAAGGUUGAUUCUGUGGUUCUUGGACCAUUCCUUGGGGAAAUCCCCAGCUAGAGAUCCAUGUCUGUUUUUAGAAAAACUGACAGCCUGUUUUAUUUUUAGGCUAUUGGGGAAGAAACGAGAAGAUAAAGCUGAUUUGAUUAGAAGUCCCAUUUAAAACAGAUGGAUUUGUAAUGUAAUUCUCCAGUGCACUUGAUUUGCUUUUAUAUAAUUUUCCCACAUCCCUUGGAGAUGUGUUACCUCUUAGCAUGCUUAGCCGUGUUUUGGGGUUUGUAAUAUUCCCUUCUCCUCUGCAUAUGAUUUGUUGUCAUUUACUUUUGGAUAUGGGCUUCCUCUUAGAACAGGCAUGUCCAACUUUCAAGAGACUGAGAUCUACUCACACUAUGAAAAAACUGGCAGUGAUCUACCAAGGUUGUUGAACUUUUUUUAUGAAGCAAUCAUUGUUGAGCAGAUUGCAAUCUACCUGUUGGAUAUCACUGUCUUAGAACAUUUCAGCCAGGAUUUUGUAGGGAGAGUGAUUAAGCUGAAGUGCAUCUCUGCAGCAGUGUUGUGCAGAAUGCCUCCUCCUUCCUUUUGAAGAUCUAAAAUUUAAGUGGGGGAGGGGGAAUUAAACGUACAUUUGCAAUUCUAAUCCAUGUUAGAAGAGUAUAAACCAGUGUUACAAACUCAGAUAUAUAAACUAAUCACCAAAUGACAGCUUAAACCUAGUUUACAGACAAUGCAAUGUGUAGGCACCCUUUUCCCAAUGAGAUUUACUGUUGUUAUUAUUCGUAUUUAUUUGAUUUCUAUGCCACUUUAUAUUUUAAAUAAAAAAUCUCAAGGUGGUUUACAACACAUCAAAUAAAACAAAUUCAAGCUUUCCCCUAUUUCUUACUUAAUUUAUAUAGCUUCCCCAUAGGACAUGUGAGAUAACAGGGUUCAAAUCCCCACUCAAGCCAUGAAGCUCACUGGGUGGCCUUGGGCCAGUCACAGCCUCUUAAUCUACCUCACAGGGUCAUUGUACGGAUUAACUGCGGGGAGGGGGAACCAUGUACUCCUUGGAGAAAAAGAUGGGAUAUAAACGCAAUAACUAAGCUCUUCUGCUUACUUUAUUAAGAAAACUGGAGGGGCGAGCCAGAUGGCGAUGUCAGUCAUCAACCUGGCAUUCAGUGAUCUCUACAUGGUUGCAAUUGGACCCACGCUAGUUGCAAAUUCACCUGGUGUCAGGGGAAUUUUGAGCACUGGUAUAAACCCUGUAUUUGGAACUAAUCUGCAAAAAAUUAUCCAUGCCCUCAAACACUAAUUUUAGGUGCUAAGUUAUGAACAGCAACAGGUUAAAAAUAUCCUGUCAAAAUUAAUUUUAUAAAUACACUUUUUAUAAAUAAAGAUUUAUUCUUCCCCUCAAGCCACUUCUGGGAGAAAUGAUUGAAUAUACUUCUGGGGAAAUGAAUAAUUGUUGCAUGUUUUCUAUACAAUUUUAUAUUUAAAAGCUUUUAUUUUAAAAUUUUGGCUUGAGGACAGACCUCAGCCCACAUUUUAGGAACACUGAAGUGCACACAUAGCACUGAGGCUGGACAUACUUUUGCUCAAGAAGUUUUUCAGAAGUACAAGGGAUAAAUAACCAGCUUUCCCACUCCUACUCAAGUUAAUAGUGCUUAACUUGCUUACUGUGACAUCAUGCACUAUGAAUACAUAGCCUUAGGGCAACAUCUGUAACUUUCAUUGAGGGGAAAAUACACUAAACUGAUGUAAAGCUGUUGAUGCUUAUCACAGCUUGAGUAAAAGGCACACCUCCAACUUUUUCAACAUUAUGCGAAGACUAAAUGUUGUCCCAGGCAGAGUUUGGAAUCAAGGCCUGGAAUGCAUUAUCCAGUGGUUAUUCUCAAUUUCCUUGUCAAGCAUUAUGCAGAGCAGCCCUGAAAGCAUACCCUCUAACAUUUCUCCAAUGAAAAUAGGGACGUUCCCUCCCACAUUUCUCCAAUGAAAAUAGGGACAUCCUAUAGUCUUGGUCUGUUCAGGAACAGAAAAGAGCCAAUCUUUGGGGAGUUCAGAGGUGUGGAAAAGAUGGCUUUGAGUGUGCACUAGUCACUCUGAAAAUGCAGGCUUGGGAACAUACCUUAUAUACCAUGCAUACUAGCAUGUGUUCAGAGUGCCUUUUCCCUGUAAUCCACUUAAGCACUGAUCUAGACAUUGAAGGAGUUCCAUGCUCCUUUUCUCUGCAUUUUUUUUAAACCAAAAGGAUCCUACGUAGGCUACAAAUCUUAACUGGAAGAAAAGCAGGAAGGGAGAGGCUACUUAAUUCUUGGUUCCAUGGUUGCUUUGCAUCUCAAAAUCACUCCCCUCCCCAAGCUGCUUGUUUUUAACCUAUGUGGGGGAGCAUCUUUCUCCCUGCAGGGAGGAAAGCAAUUUGGAGAGCAUGGCUUUGAGUUGGUGGCCGGAGAAGAACUUGUUCAGGAAUGGGACUCAAACUUUCUUCAAGAGAGUUUUUGCUUUCCUCUCUACAGCACUUGACCUCACCCUGAAUGAGAGAAUAGUAGCAUGUAGUGGCACAAUUUUACUCCGAAGAGCACUGAUUAGCUCAACAAAGUAACAGUGCAGUGCAGGCUACUGUAACCUGUGCAGGCAGUGGAGUAGUCCAUAUGUAAUCUGGUCUGAGCCAGGAACCUCAUUCCUCCACUACUUAACCUGGUGGGGAGCUCAGUGGUAGAUUGUCCAGUAGAUACUUGUCCAGCAAAAACCCCUGUAUGAGCAACUCCUUGGAACACCAAGAACAGGCAUGGCUGUUAAACUGCUGAGAAAGGUCUCAACCCUUACCUUUUGCCUCUGUCCCCCCUCUGCCAGUUGCCUCCAGCCAUUUCUUCCUUUGAAAUUGCAACUGUCUAAUAAAGUACCCUUGUGAGUUGUAGGAAGUUAUCUGUCCCAUUGCCGCUCAUUGUAAUGUUGGCAGUGCUUUGCAAAUGCCUAAAAAAUUAUUAGCCCACCAACCACAUGAGGUUGCAUGGGCAGAUUGAGUAAUGGCUCUGGUAAGCUGAUAGAUGGUAAGGAAUUGUUGCUUAUUUUGGUCAAGGCUGCAUUGCAGGUGUGUCCAUGUCAACCCAUAACUUAGCAACCAUUUCUUUCUUGUGUCCUUGUAUAACACAAAGUCCUUUUACUGCUGUUAGAUAGCUAUGGGUUUAGAUGUUUUAAUGAUUUAUGGUGUUUGCAUUUUUAUAAUCACAGUAUUAUUUUAUUAUACAAUGAGACGCUGCUCUUGGAUUUAAAAGGCAGGGGCAUAUAAAUCUUCUAAAGCAAACACUGGAAGGCACACAGUCCUAUUUAGAUCUUUAUCAGGAAGCAGAAGGAAGCAGAAAGUUAAAUGUGUGAGCAGAGUAGUGAGUCAAAUACUGAAACGGCUGAAACAGGACAAAAAUAGACAGUAGAAAGUCAGAGGGAGAGGCACACUAAAUGAAACUGUUGUAGAGACAGUAUGAAUAAUAGAAUUGUAGAACUGUAAAGUUGGAAGGGACUCCAAGGGUCAUUUAGUCCAAAUCCCUGCAAUGCAAGAAUCUCAACUAAAGCGUCCAUGACAGAUGGCCUUCCGAUCUCCGCUUAAAAGCCUCCGAGGAAGCAGAGUCCACAACCUCAUGAGGGAGUCUGUUCCACCAUCAAACUGCUCUUACUUUCAGGAAGUUCUUUCUGGUGUUUAGUCAGAAUCUCCUCCUUUCAUGUAACUUGAAUUCAUUGGUGCAGGUCCUACACUUUGGAGCAAGAGAAAACAAGCUUGCUCCACCUUCCAUGUGACAGCCCUUCAGAUAUUUGAAGAUGGCUAUCAUAUAUCCUCUUAGUCUUCUCCAAGCUAAAUAUACCCAGUUACCUCAAACCCUUAUAACAUUUGGUUCCCAGGCCCUUUAUCAUCUUGGUCACCUUCUGAAGGCAGCCCUGUUUAGGGAAGUUUUUAAUGUGUGACAUUUUAAUGUAUUUUUAAUCUUUGUUGGAAGCCGCCUACAGUGGCUGGGGAAACGCAGUCAGAUGGGCGGGGUACAAAUAAUAAAUUAUUAUUAUUCAUCUGCACAAUAUCCUUCUUAAAUUGUGGUGUCCAGAACUGGACACAGUACUUCAGGUAUGGUCUGAGCAAGGCAGAAUAGAGUGGUAUUAUUACUUCCCUUGAUCUAGACACUAUCUAUACGUCUGUUGAUGCAGCCUAGAAUAGCAUGACCUUUUUUUGCUGCUGCAUCACACUGUUGACUCAUAUUAAGCUAGUGGUCUACUAGGAGCCCUAGAUCCACAAAAGCUCAUGGUUGGUUACCUGUAUACUCAGCAUUUGAGAUCCUCCUCCUUGCCCUUCUUAAAAAAGCAAGUUUCCAGACCUUAUGUAUGUAACAAAGAUGCAGGUCACAAGUGUGCACACUAGGCAGUGUCUGUAGUAGUCAGUAGUCAGCCAGGGGCUUGGCUGAAAACUGUAGAGACCUUGUUGAGUAAACAUAUAUAGGAUUUUACUUUUAGUAGAAUUUUCUGCACCCAGGAUCUAAAGCUUUAGUUUCCAACACCCCCACUUUCCUUCACUGAUAUCUAUUAGAAGCAGGAGAAUUAUGCAAGUUCAGACAAUCUAUCCAAGGACAUAGAAUUUGGUUCUUUCGCUUAAUUCUCUUCAUUUCUUCAGCAUACGCAGUCCUGUCCUUAGUGCAAAGGAAAGCUUUGUAUAGUAGACAACCUCUGAUUACAAAGAGCUGUUUGUUCUUUUGGAAAGGAAGUUCAUGUGCUAUACAAGCUGACAUUUAUGGAUUUGUAUCCCCUGCCUGACGUAUAGUGGUAUGGAGAGUUUGGCAUGCUGGCUGAAGCCAAUGAGAGAUUUAAGGAUGUAAUCCUAAGGCAUUAGUGAGUGGGAGCUGAAGGCAGUUAGAUGAGAAAUGAGGGCAGAGGAGUGAACUGUGUCCUUUUGCAGGGUCCCCCCCCCUUCUUAAUCAGUUGCCUCCCACUGGAUCCUAGCUUUCCCUUGGUUCUGCCUUUGCAAGCCUCACUCUUAACCCUACUAGCAUUUAUUUAUUUUAACAAUUUAUAUAUCUUUGAUUUCUCUGAAAGAGAAUAAAAGAGUAGAAGGAACAGAACAAAACAAACAAGUCCUUAAACCUGAUGUACCUUCAAAAUUAGUAAGAACAAAUUCAAAAUUGGGGCUCUCACAUUGGUAGGGUGGGUCCUUAACACUGUGUGUGCAGUGUGGGAAUCAUCACAUUAACUCACCCUUCUCUGAUGUACAUCAAUGGACUGCAAUAGGACUGCAGAACCGGUAAAAAAAAAAGUAUUUUCAGAGCUGAAAAGGUAGCAGAUUUUCAAGCUGCAGACAGUGUUCGAAAUUCCCAUUGUUCUAGGCGCAUUUUGCGACAGGACAUUUCAUAAGCGCAAGCAGUUUUUGACCUAUGGGAGCAGUCCUGCACCUAAGGUUUCUAAUUAAAACUCAGAGUGGAAGGAAAAGAGGACUUUUUUGCUUCCCCACUUCCAGCUACUCUCUGAAGACUGGAGAAGAGACCCUCCUAAGGAUAUUAGGGGGCUGGGCAGGGUAAGGACUAGACCAUGUGAAAGAUGAACAUAAUAUUUUAGCUGCAGUUCAUUCAUUUUCAUCUCUGUAUUCUUGUUUUUAAAAAAUGUGCCUAGACAUUCCGUUGUUGUGCCCAUAACCUAGGUUUAAGGUGCCGUUUAGCUCCUAGCUUUCAUAUCUCAGUCUCUAACACUGGCUGCAGAUCCAGAAACUUUCCUUGUCUUUCAGCACUAAAGGUUAAUCCAGUAAGAAGUAUCUGCUAACCAGUUAGCUCCCCUCACACACAAAUAAUCUUUCUCAGGGGUCAGCAAAGUUUUUGUGGCUUGGGCCAGUUUAUGGUCCCGCAGACGCCUCUGUGGGCCGGAGUGCGUGUGUGCGCAUGCACGUGCAAACGCUAUUUCUGACGCGGAGGAGGUGUGCGCAGUUUCCCAUUGGCUGCAGGAGCUUCCUGCAGCCAAUGGGAAGCCGGCCAGCAUCACGGAAAGUGGUCCCCUCAGUAUUCUGAGAUGCAAUAUUCAAGUAACUUGCAUUUAACUUGUGGACGUUCAGCUUUAUGUGCUUGGCAAUUAUUUUUUCUAUCAAAGGGGUGAGGCAUCUGUGAAAAAAGACUUUAGCAAUUCCACCCAUCAUGGAACCUAAUGCAUUUUGACUAUACAUUAUUUUGGCUUUAUCUGCUAUCCCCAGAAUAUAAUCCCCUUGUACGCUGAGAGUUGCCUGUACAGCCUCAAAGAAGGGCAGUGGGGCAGGCAUCUGCUAACUGUUGGGGAAGCUUACCUCCUGCAGUUUGUGGAGUAAUUGCCUUUUGAUAAGAGGCAAGCAGUUAUGAGAAUGAGGUGUAACAGCAACUAGAAAUGUUUCAUAAAGCUGCUGGUCCAAGAAUUAAUUAUUUGAAGUCUUUCCCAUUAAUAUGCCUUAUGGUACUGGUUCUCAAGUGGUGUGUGGGGACACAUCAGUGGGUUGUGGCAUGACCCAGGGUGGGUCGCAGCAGGAGCACUACCAUCAUGUGAAGAUGUAGUAAAAGAUUGAGAAAUGGGUCUGCCAAUGCAUGUUUGAGUUAAACAUGGGUUUUGGGUCUAAAAAGUUUGAAGAUGCCUUAUGAAGACUGGAAGUGCUUAUACUCUUGAGUCAGGCUUUCUAAGCUGGUCCAUUCAAGUUAAAGAGCAGUAUUGUGGGAGAUAGUUAUUAGCUGUAAACUGGCAUGCCAGUGGUGUGAAGGGGCAGGGUUGUGAGACCUCAUGGAGGAUAAGAAUAUCCAUGUCUACUAACCUAGAUGGCUAUGUUCUACUUCCUGAGUCAGAGGCAAUAGGCUUCAGGAAACCAGCUGCUGGUAAUGGCAUGUGCUGUCGUGCUCAUGUCCUGCUUGCCAGUUUCCCACAGGCAUCUGGUUGGCCACUGUGAGAACAGGAUGCUAAAUUAGAUGGGCUAUUGGCCUGAUUCAGCAAAUUUUUCUUCCAGCAGAGCCUAAUGGAACAGGCCAGUGGCCCAUCUAGUCCAGCAUCCAAUUCUCACAGUGGAUGAUCAGAUGUCUGUGGGAAACUAGCAGGCAGGAUAUGAGCACAAGAGCGCUCUCCUUCCUAUGGUUUCCAGCAACUGGUAUUGAGAAGUAUUGCUACUUCCAGCUGUGGAGGCAGAGCAUAGCUGUUAUGGCUAGCAUGUUCUUAUGAGUCCUUUCUGUACGACAUAGAGAGGUAGGGCUCAUUAUUGAGAUGGAUGAAUGAAUAGAGCCCUUCCUUUCUCUUCCACCUUAUUGUUGACUCACAGUUGUUAGGAAACCUGAUACCUGUGACAUGCUGCUGUUCACUUGCCCCUGUUUAUUUUUCUUUACGGGGCUCUCAUGCUUCCGCAGGACUGCAGGCUUUGAAUUUCCCAAGGCUGCAAGGCUAUGCUGGAAAAUAAAAUGGACUGUGUGACUUAUCUCGUGAUGGUAUUCCAUGUCUUGUGACCUUUUGAUGUUUUCCUUAGCCUUUCAGCUCUCAGAGUCUUACGAUUACAUUGGAAUUUUAGCUUUUAUUUAUUUUUUAAACCAAGCUUUUCCAGAAAAACUAGAUGCUCAGUAGAGAGAGCAUUUCUUAAAAAUAAAAAAGAUACCUUCCUGUGUUACUGAGCUAUAAUCCUAAAGAGGUAAUGCUAGUAGGUUAUAUGCCUGAGCAUGUAAAGUGACACUGUUGAAACUGGUGUCAGCUGGAGAUAUGUUAUAAUUGAAACAUAGACUACAGUGUGCUUAAUUUCAUUGAAAUCAGUGGUCUUAAAAGCAUAUUUAAUUUAGCAUGGCAUGAUAUCCAUUUUAAAGGUGAGACAUUUCUCCCAUUUCUUUAUAGCGCAGGAACCCAUGUUUAUGCAAGCAUAACAUGAAAAUCACUUUCUUCUUGUUAUUUUUUUGUAUUAAAAAUUUUAGAAGCCUUUUAUAAUUGAACUGAACUACAGUUAAGAAGCAGGAUGUGGUUAUAGCUGGUGGAUUUGAGACAAACAUAUGACUAAGCUUAGUUACUUUGUAUAUGGUGCAAAACUUCAGGGUUAUAUAGAUGAAAGGAAGACAUGCUACGUACGAUAUUACCAUAAUGCUGUUAGACAAAUCUAUGGUGUGACCACAAUUAAGAGUACAGUCGUACCUUGGAAGUUGAACGGUAUCAAUUCCAGACGUCCGUUCGACUUCCAAAAUGUUCGGAAACCAAAGCACGGCUUCUGAUUGACUGCAGGAAACUCCUGCAGCCAAUCAGAAGCCGCAGAAGCCCCGUUGGACGUUCGGCUUUCAAAAAUAGUUCACAAACCGGAACAGUCACUUCUGGGUUUGCGGCGUUUGGGAGCCAAAACGUUCAAGAACUAAGCUGUUUCUUAGUUCCAGUCGAACCAAGGUACGACUGUACUUUAUACUGUUGUGGUCGCCUCACCUCAAACAGGAUAUUGUAGAGUUGGAAAAGGUUCAGAAAAGGGCCAAGAAAGUGAUCAAGGGGAUGGAGCGACUUCCCUAUGAGGAAAGGUUGCAGCCUUUGGAACUUUUUAAUUUUGAGAAAAGGCAAACAAGAGGCGGCAUGAUAGAAGAUUAUAAAAUUAUGCAUGGCAUGGAGAAAGUGGAUAGAACUCGGGGACAUCCAGUCAAGCUGGAUGUUGGAAGAUUUAGGGCAGAUAAAAGAAAGCACUGUAUUUUUCGCUCUAUAAGACGCACCUAGGUUUUGGAGGAGGAAAACAAGAAGAAAAAAUAUUCUGAAUCUCAGAAGCCAGAACAACAAGAGGGAUCGCUGCGCAGCAAAAGCAGCAAUCCCUCUUGCUGUUCUGGCUUCUGGGAUAGCUGCGCAGCCUGCAUUCACUUCAUAAGACGCACACACAUUUCCCCUUACUUUUUAGGAGGGAAAAAGUGAGUCUUAUAGAGCAAAAAAUACGGUACUUCUUCCUGCAGUGGAUAGUCAGACUAAGGAACGUGCUCCCCCAGGAGGCAGUGAUGGCAACCAACUUGGAUGGCUUUAAAAGAGAAUCAGAUGAAUUCAUGGAGGAGGAGAAGAAGGCUAUGGAUGGCUACUAGCCAUGGUACUGAUGCUCUGCCUCCUCAUUUGGAGGCAGCAGUGCUUCUGAAUGCUAGCUGCUGGAAACCAUGAGAGGCAAGAGGGCUCUCAAGCUCAUGUUCUGAUCCCUGAUUUCCUGCAGGCAUUUGGUUGGCCACUGUGAGAACAGGAUGCUGGACUAGGUGGACCAUUGACCUGAUCCAACAGACUGUUCUUGUGUUUUUAUGGAAGGUGAUUUGAAGAAAGAAAUACAGGGGUACCUCGGGUUAAGAACUUAAUGUGUUCUGGAGGUCCGUUCUUAACCUGAAACUGUUCUUAAGCUGAAGCACCACUUUAGCAAAUGGGGCCUCCUGCUGCUGCUGCCGCCACACAAUUUCUGUUCUCAUCCUGACACAAAGUUCUUAACCCGAGGUACUAUUUCUGGGUUAGCAGAGUCUGUAACCUGAGGUGUCUGUAACCUGAAGCUUCUGUAACCCGAGGUACCACUGUAGGCACGCUCUAAGUCCACCACUUAAACCAUGCUUGCAUGUUACAGGAGAAAGGCAGAACUUCCAACUGCAGGUAUAGAUUGAGCACAGUGAGAAGCUCUUACUCCCACCCCAGUUCCCAAUCCUAAAGGCUAUGGUACACUGUUGGAUUUCACCCUUGACUUGAACAUUUCAGCUACUUAUCAGGCAGGGUUUUUAAAAAAUGAAUAUUGUACCAGCUCGUAUCAGGGCAAGAACAGAAGGGAAAUUUAAACUAUUCUGGCCUUCUUUCAGUCUUGAUUAAAAUCCAUCCUCUGAAAGCGCUGUUAGCUUGCAGGAACGGAGAAUCACCACACAGAUGCCAAUGGAGGAUCUCCUCCAAUGCCAACUGCACCUUCAAAACAGAAGUUUUCAUCAGGACUUCAGCAGGCUAGGAAGGAUUGCCUGCAGUUAUCUCACACAAGCACACUGGCAAUGCAAGUUGCAUGAAAACAACAACAACAUGUUGCAAGUUAGGUGGAAAAGCACAUUUAACUAAAAAGCACAAUAGUUUAGGUUUGAGUGUUGGGAGUAUGAGAUGUCUGUGUGUAAAGAGAGUGGUAUGUGUUGGAAAGCAAAGUAGGUGCAGAAAGGAUUAAAAAAACAAAAGCUUGUUUCAUGGGUUUCCACUUAAUCGGUCCUUCUUUUUAAAAUUAUUUGUUCUUUAAAUAGUUGUCAAUGUAGCAUGGCUGAAUGUCAUUUACAGUGCAAUCCUACCCAUGUUUGCUCAGAAGGAAGGGUUGUUUAGUUCAAUGUGAUUUGCUACCAGGCCACUGAAUAUAGGAUUGCCUUAGUUUCUUUUAUACUCGUGGAAAUGUAUUUGAUUGCUUCAUGUUAAUCAGCUUUACUUUUCAUGAGAUUCUCAUGUUACAAUUGUGCCACCUCCUUUUUCUCUUCCUUUGUGUGAACGCCAAAGCAAGUGACACUGUCCAUUCUUCCAUACGCUUUAAAGAUUAUCCCUUCUUUCUUAACUGUUAUGCAAACUUUACAUAACCUCCACAAUUUCCCAGUUGAAAACGAGAUGAUGGUGCCUUUAAAAAAACCCCAAAACAUAAACCUGAUUGUCAGAAAUCUCAUAGCACUAGUGUAUAAUAAUAAUAAUAAUAAUAAUAAUAAUAAUAAUAAUACAGUGGUGCCUCGCAAGACGAAAUUAAUUCAUUCCGUGAGUUUUGUCGUCUUGCGAUUUUUUUCGUCUUGUGAAGCACGGUGUCGGGAAAGUUUUGGAAAAGCUUCAAAAAUCACCAAAGUCUUUAAAAACCUCAAAAAAGGCUACCACACUGAGUUCUAUGAGUUGCUCCUUGAAGUCAAGUCGCAACUGUAUUAACGGUGUUAAGAAAAAGGAAACAAACUUGCAAGACGUUUCCGUCUUGCGAAGCAAGCCCAUAGGGAAAAUCGUCUUGCGAAGCAGCUCAAAAAACAAAAAACCCUUUUGUCUAGCGAGUUUUUUGUCUUGCGAGGCAUUCGUCUUGCGAGGUACCACUGUAAUAAAUUUCUUACCAACUGAGAAACAAAUGUAUUUACAUUUUUAGAUGCCACCAAUCUGUGGUUUUUUGCUUCUUUUUCUUUCCAUCACACCCAAACUUGUUCUCACGCACUUUAGAUUUCUCAGAACUUCAAAGUGAUAUGUUAGUCAUUUUCUACAUGCAGUAGCAGAUCAAGAAAAUAUGCCUCGGGAAUAGGCUUCAAUAUUACAGAAUCAAUACAUGCCAAAAACUAGUUCACAUAGAUGGAUUCUGUAGUGCAGUAUUGCUGUUAAGUGAGUUCCUAGGAAGGAACUGCCCCCAUUAUUGUACUUUUGGAGCAAGGAUUGCAUGGCUCAGUUGGUUAGAGCAUGGUGCUGAUAACACGGUUACAGGUUUGAGCCCCACAGCUGCAUUUUCCUGCAUUACGGGGGAUUGGACUAGAUCAGGGGUCAGCAAACUUUUUCAGCAUGGGGCCAGUCCACUGUCCCUCAAACCUUGUGGGGGGCCGGACUAUAUUUUGGAAAAGAAAAAAAUGAACGAAUUCCUAUGCCCCACAAAUAACCCAGAGAUGCAUUUUAAAUAAAAGGACACAUUCUACUCAUGUUAAAACACGCUGAUUCCCAGACCGUCCGUGGGCUGGAUUUAGAAGGCGAUUGGGCUGGAUCCAGCCCCCGGUCCUUAGUUUGCCUCCCCAUGGACUAGAUGGUCCUCAGGGUCCCUUCCAACACUACCAUUCUAUGAUUCUAAGGAUAGUGUGCAAGAAUGAGGUCCAAAAGGGGAACCUGUCAUUUUCCCAGAAACAGAUGGUCUUCAUUCUUGGAAAAGCAAAGGAACCUUUCUCAUCCAAGCAGGCAACAGUUCCUCUUGUCCCAGGAUACAAAGCCUGAGAUGGGGAGCCUGGGGGCAGGAAGAGUUGUUGUAAAGAUAGGAAGCUGUGGGGAAAGGUUAUCUUGGCACAGGAAACAAAAGAUUCAUACAAGCCUGUUGCAAGUUUCCUUUUGAAACAUGUUUCUUUGAAACUGCCUGCAGCUUGCAAGUUGGUCUUUUGUGAGAAUGUAAUGAAGCAUGCAGGGACAAAUAAGCCUCUGAUAAGAUAUGCUUUUGACCACAGACACGUGCCCUUUCAGAGCAACGCAGGGAAUUUUGGAAAGAGCAAAAAUCAGAAUUAUGAAUUGCAGAUUUUUCUCAGUGUUUCUUUUUAGAAAAGAAUUUUUAUCAUGUCUGCUGUCCGUCUGUUCAAGUGCAAGGACUGCUUCACUGUAAGUGUCCAGUGACUUUGCAGCGAAAGUGGAAUAAUAGUUUUCUGGUUUCUGCACAAAAAGUGGGGAAAACAUUUUUGGACCAUAGCUUGGGCCACCACUCAGUGGUAGAGUGUCUGCCUUGCAUGAAGAAGAUUCCAGGUUGAACCCCUGAAACCCUGGCAAGAUCUCUGAACCCCUGGCGAGCUAUUGCCGGUCUACAUAGAGAAUUGUUUUGUUCACACAUAAUGCUGAGCCGAGGUUUAUUAAUAUGUGGUUUCUUAAAUGAUGGGCUAGCAUUAAUGUGAACUAUGGUUAACUAUGGUUUAUGGUUUAUUAACUAUGACCAAAGCUCACUCAUUAACCAAAUGUUGUGGCUGGCUCACAAAACAUUAGUUAACAUCCACCAUAGCAUAGCAUCUAGACAGCAUCUUAAAAAGCAGAGACAUCACCUUGCCAACAAAGGUCCGUAUAGUUAAAGCCAUGGUUUUCCAAGUAGUGAUGUAUGGAAGUGAGAGCUGGACCAUAAAGAAGGCUGAUCGCCGAAGAAUUGAUGCUGUUGAAUUAUGGUGCUGGAGGAGACUCUUGAGAGUCCCAUGGACUGCAAGAAGAUCAAACCUCUCCAUUCUUAAGGAAAUCAGCCCUGAGUGCUCACUGGAAGGACAGAUCGUGAAGCUGAGGCUCCAAUACUUUGGCCACCUCAUGAGAAGAGAAGACUACCUGGAAAAAACCCUGAUGUUUGGAAAGAUGGAGGGCACAAGGAGAAGGGGACAACAGAGGACGAGAUGGUUGGACAGUGUUCUCGAAGCUACCAACAUGAGUCUGACCAAACUGCGGGAGGCAGUGGAAGACAGGAGUGCCUGGCAUGCUCUGGUCCAUGGGGUCACGAAGAGUCGGACACGACUAAACGACUAAACAACAACAUAGCUUAGCAUUAUUUGUGAACUUGGACCUCCUUCUUAACUAUGGUUAAUGAGCUGUCAUUGCCCCAAAGCAUUAGCGCUGUGAGUGAAGAGCGGUUCUUCUUGGCUUGCAUCUCCUUUAAUGGGGAAAGGGAAUGUAAUAAGCCACAGUUUAAGUGACCAUCUACUUGAUGCCUCAGUUUUAACUGUGGUUAAUGUUAACUUUGGCAUAGUGUUAUGUGCAAACAAGGUCAAUACUGGGCUAAGUGGACCCAGUGGUCUGACUUGGUAUAGGGAAGAUCCCUGUGUUCUUAAGAAAAGCAACAAUGGGUGUGACCAUCGCACAUUAUUAUCUAAACACGAGUUGCACAUUGUUUCCUACAGAGUCAAAGGUAUUUUGUAACAAGUGAAGUGGUUCUGAAAAUCAGACUACUGUUGCAAAAGUCUCCUUGAAACCUGCCUUUAUAGACUGGGUGCAUGAAUUGUAACUGCAGCUUGGCCUUUUAGUACUUUGAUUUUAGCUUACAAUUGGAAUGCUCACAUUACUUCUCCCAUGCAACCCUUUUCAAUCUAUAUAAAAAGCAAUCCAGUAUAUAGUAUCUCUGGGUCAGUCUUCCUUUCCUGUAAAUAUAUUUUUAGAAAAUGAGGUAUUCUGCUGUCAGGAAAUAAAAGGAUAAAGAAGGGAAGGGAAGACUAGAGCAGGAAUGGGGAACCUUUGGCUCACCAGAUGUUCCUGAACAACAAAUCCCACUAACCCUAGCUCAGCAGCAUCUGAAUGGUGUUAGGAUGGGCUGAAAGACCCAAAUAAUAAUAAUAAUAAUAAUAAUAAUAAUAAUAAUAAUAAAUCAUGAUACAGUUAAUACUGUUAGGAGCAGAAAAAUCACACUGGCUCAUUAGGGAAAACACAUAUCAGAGCAACAGUAGAUGGUGCCUUUAUUGGGACUGCCUAAAAGAUCAGAGUAGUGAGCAGAGUUGAAUUUAUCCGGUAAGCAAAAACAAAAAUUAAAAUCCAAAGGUUAUGGGAAAAGAGAAAAUAUAUAUUGCAGGGCCUGUUGAGAAACCCAAGCCUGCAGUUUGUAAUGGAAUGGAAGGUGGGUGUUGAGCCUGACUUAAUUGGGAGCAGUGAUCCAUGUUGUGGAGGAGAACCAUUCAGAUUCAAAUACCCUGAAGUUGUGUGCCCAUUAAAUACGGUCUGGAUCCCCCCCCAACUGUUUGAAACAGAGUUAGGGGGCACACAAACAGAAGAGAGGGAAAGGAAAUACCAUACACAGCCCAAAGUGCUUGCACUAGCAAGGCUGUUUAGCUGGAUGCCACCCACCCUGUUUUCUCUAAUGUACCAGAGAGGUCUCCCUCUCCAGUGGCAGAGCAGCACUCAUAGAUCUCAUAACAGCCCCUUAGCCAUCAUGCUGCCGGAUUUAGGAUUGCUCUGUAAGUAACAAAGUUGCUGUGGGAAAAAAAUGGGGGAGGGGAAUGUGCUUUCAUUAUCUGUAUCCCAGGGAUCUACAGAUCCAGUCAGCUUUGGCACUGCUUGUAAGUAAGAACAGCUUCUUGCUGAUUGAUUGUUUUAGAAGUGACUAGCUUUCUGAAAAAAAAGUUUAAUUGGCUGUCUAGCAUUCUGCGUGCUUGGCUUUUUUAUUUGUAUUUUUUUGGCCAAGUGCUCAGCAGCAUGUUUUGUUUCAUACUGAAGCUCUUCAGAAACAAGACACUCCCUACUGUCAGCGUAAUUUGCCUCUUUCCUCGUAAGCACUAACUAAUGAAUGUCCAUGCUACUCCUCCUACAGGAUAUAAGGAAUGUUUCCUUCCUUGACCUAUCCGUGAACUUCUUAAAAAAAAUAAAUACCCAUUAUCUCAUAUAAUUGUAUGUUUAAUGCAUUUUCCAUUACAUUGCCGUUUCUGUUCAAACAAGCUAAUCCAUACCUCUAAUAGUAUUAUUCCUGCCUUUGCCUUCUGUGGCUUGUAAAUCAGGCUAGAGCAAUUGAUGACUCAUAGGCUAAAAGUAUGUGCAUGGGAGAGAGGUAUUCUGUAUCUAGAUGUUUUAUCUCUCAUAGGGGUUUUUGGACACAGUGCGCCCCAGCUAUGUUAAGCACAUGGAAUCCAUAACCAUGAAGCCCUCUCCUUAAGCAGUUGCCUGCUUAAUUUAUAGCAGUUGCCCAGAAACCAGCCAUGCAGCUUGUGCAGCAAAAUGCAUUUAUAUCUUAAACUAGUGUCCUGCUGGAUCAGGCCAAAAUACCCACAGUGGCUAACUAGAUUUCUUGGGAAGCCAGAAAAGAGGACAGCAGACUUUCUGUGCUCCCCAGCAGCUGAGGUUCCUGAGGUUCCACACAGUUGUCAUUACUGGUAGGCACAUGUUCUUCAUGGAUCUGUCCAGUCCACUUUUAAAGGCAUCUAACAUAAUUGCCAGAAAAAAAGCAGAAAGCAGAGACAUCACCUUGCCAUCAAAGGCCCGUAUAGUAAAAGCUAUGGUUUUCCCAGUAGCAAUGUAUGGAAGUGAGAGCUGGACCAUAAAGAAGGCUGAUCGCCGAAGAAUUGAUGCUUUUGAAUUAUGGUGCUGGAGGAGACUCUUGAGAGUCCCAUGGACUGCAAGAAGAUCAAGCCUAUCCAUUCUUAAGGAAAUCAGCCCUGAGUGCUCACUGGAAGGACAGAUCAUGAAGCUGAGGCCACCACAUGAGAAGAGAAGACUCCCUGGAAAAGACCCUGAUGUUGGGAAAGAUUGAGGGCACAAGGAGAAGGGGACAACAGAGGACGAGAUGGUUGGACAGUGUUCUCGGAGCUACCAGCAUGAGUUUGACCAAACUGCGGGAGGCCGUGGAAGACGGGAGUGCCUGGCGUGCUCUGGUCCAUGGGGUCACGAAGAGUCAGACACGACUAAAUGACUAAACAACAACAUAAUUGCCAUCGUCAGCAGUUCGCAGCAGUGAGUUCCAUAAAUUAAACAUGUGUUGCAUGAAUAAGUAGUCAUUUCUGAAUCUGCUGCUACUCCACGGUGGCAGGUGCCCAUUGGGGUGGAAGGCAGUCAGACCAAUAGUAGGUGGAGCCAGAGCCAAUUGGAGAAGGGGAGAACUUGUUCUAGUUUAGCCCCUCUCCUCUUCCCCAAUGAGUUCUGCAAGGGGCAACACUUGUACACUGCAACUGACCCACCUCCAUUGCUGCUAAGCAAUUUCCUCAUUGGAGGAACCUGAGUUUUAGUAUCACGAACGAGAGGGAAUUCUUUCUUUCUCCAUGCCAGGCAUAAUUGUAUACAUUUCUAGCAUCAAGCUAUUUGGGAAGCCACUAGUCUCCCUAUGUGGCCCACAACCUGCUUUUCCUCACCUCUUCCCCUGUGCGGCAAUGAGACUUGAAAAUACGCUUCCACUUGAACUAAUGGAAGGAUGCUUUCAAAUUUAAUUGCUGCACAGAGGACAUUUGGGAGGGAGGAGUUUCAAUUGGAGAGGGAAGGAUUAACCCUCUUCUCCCUGUGUGCUAUGACUCUCUCUUGCCCUUUCACUUCACAAUUAGGCUUGGAAAAAAUCUUGUGAGUGUUUUUUCCUCAAUAUGAAUUUUGUGAUGGGAGGGAACUUGGUGUAGUUUGUAGCUUUGGAGGGAAUGUUAACUCUAGUAACAGGCUCUCUGAAAAGAUCACCCCCCGCUACAAUAAUUUCAGGACAGGGGUGUGUGUGUGAGAGAGAGGGGUGUGUGAAUAUGGAUGGAUGUGUAGCUGGGGGAGAGAUAAUAUAAAUUAGUGUGUGUUAGGUAUGGGAAUUAAUGAAUGCUUUACCUUCCCAAACAAAACAUAAAACUUUCUCUCAUCUAUGCUGGCACACUCAUCUGCUUGAGCGGGCAGUGUUUUAUUUUGCAAAAAUAAUUUAUUUCCCUGAAGGUCCCAUAGGGUUGCCAUAUUUUGAAGAGCAAAAAAGAGGACACAUUUGCUGAGUUUUACUUUUAACUAUGAAUCACUAUGAUGACUCUGCCCAUGAAAAAAGAGAACAUGUCCUGGAAAAAGAGGAUAGAUAGUCCAUGGUGGUACCUGCUUGUGGAUGAGAUGGUUUAAGCUUUGAUGUUUAAUGUGGAUCAGCCACUCUGGCUCAGUUCACAUGGCUGGAUAAGACAAAUCAUUUUCACCAGGCAACCCCAAACCUGGCCCUCCAGCUGUUUUGGGACUACAACUCCCACCAUCCCUAGCUAACAGGACCAGUGGUCAGGGAUGAUGGGAACUGUAGCCCCAAAACAACUGAAGGGUCGAGUUUGGGGGUGCCUGAUUUUGACUAUAGCUGCUUAUUGAUGUGGUUCUGCUCCAUGUGCAUAAUUCAGACAUAAGCUAACUGGUCCAUCACUCCCUAGACUCAAUCACUCAGCAUGAAUGACUUUGAAAGUCAUCUAAUCUUCCUUGCUGUAUUAUACUGUAUUGAUUAAUUAGUGUUUUUAUGGAGCAGUCAAGUAAUUUCGUUGUCCCCGAAGGGGGCAAUGACAAUAAAGAUAUUAUUAUUAUGAUUAUUAUGAUUAUUAUGAUUAUGAUUAUUAUGAAUUCAUUUCUCAAAUGCAAGCUAUUCUGUGAGACUUUAUAUCAAUACAAACUUUCCCCCCUCUUUUUUUUAAAAAAAUAUUUUUAUUAGCAAUUUAAACAUAACAAAAUAUCAAACCAUAUACUCACAUAUAUUAUUUCCCCCCUUCCCCACUUCCAUCCCUCCCUCCCCUCCCCCACCAAAGACUUCCCUCAGCUCCUCUCUCUGAUUUCUCAGCACAUAUUAUUCUCUGCAUGUUAUAAAAUUUUACAUAUCCUUACAUUAUCUAUCUAAAAUGUUAUCAACCAAUAAAUCUGUGCAUGUUUAUUCAAAACCUGCCAAAGGAGUCCAGUUCAUUUUUUAAAUAAUUUGUAGAAAGCUCCCAUUCUUCCUUAAAGCCACAGUUGUUCUUAUCCCACAAUUUAUAUGUCAGUUUAGCCAACUCUGCAUAACUCAUCACUUUUUCUUGCCACUGUUCUUUCGUUGGGAUUUCCUCAUAUAUCAAUACAAACUAAGUUUGAGGAAGUUCCUAAGCUUGCAGCACUGUUAGGUACUUAUGGAGUACCCAUGACAACGGAUGUUGCAGAAGUUGAACUUCUCCAAUUCUACUCUCCUUAGCCUCUCAAGGUCUUUUGCUGUCUUAAAUAAGGGCCAAAGUAGAUGUGACACCAAGUGAAUUGUUAGGAAGCCGUUUAGGUCUUUGAAAGUUAUAGUAAUAGACAAGUAAAAUCAAUUUUUACAGGGGCCAGAGUGUACAAGGUGGUGAGGCUUAGUUCUCUCCCUCACUGGAAUUUCCCCUCCAGCACAGGGGGAAAAUUUUCAUUGGGCAUGUAGCUGCAGAACGAACCACUUUUGCGUACAGACUCUGUGGAAAUAAUUUCUGUACCUUCUAUUAAAAUAUAAAACUCUGAUGUGCUUUCUGCUUUCUAAUGAUACAUUGAGUCCUAUGUCCAGGUUGACCUUAUUUAUUCAUUAUCCCUGGCUGCCUGUUAUUUCUGGGACUCCUCCCCUGGAAUAAUGGCUUGGUGCUACAUCUUUCUACUUUCAAGCUACAACUACACACACACACACACAGAGAGAGAGAGAGAGAGAGAGAGAGAGAGAGAGCCCUCUUUCUUUGAUCUAGGCAUGUUUACCUGAAGAAGGACUUAACACUGUGCUCUUCCUCUGUCUCCCACAAAUGCUUAUCCCCCUGGUUAGCCUCUCUUUUUCCUAGCCCUCUAAAGCGCUGUUGCACCUGUGCCCCACUUUCUGGCUUCUUGGAGGCCUCUGCCUAGCCACUGUGACAAGAGGAUACUGGACUAAGUGGGCCUUUGGUUUGAUCCAGUAGGGUUCUGCUUGGGUUCUUAAGUGCCCUGGUUCCCAAAUUUUGUUGCCACUUUGUCAAAUUUCUCUCUCCUUUUGGUUGGAAACUAAAGGAGUGUCUCUUGCUGAGCCAGAUACGACUCAAAAGGCUUCCCAACAGAAGUAGAUACCGCAUUUAUGUGGAGUCCACCUGAUAUGAGGUCCUCUCCAAACCCUUUUUCUUAUUGGCAGAGGAAGAGACAAUAGCAACAUCACAUACUGCUGCUUCUUAUUCAUCUACAAGGGAUCGCCAGAGAAGAAGAUAUAUUGCCCACAAUCCUCCCACACUUCCUUUGUUUGCUUGUUCUUAUAUUGAUCGUUCUGUUUCCUUCACCUGCAGAUAAGGAGGGCCCAGUGCUGUUGGUAGCCUCCAUUCUGGCAAGGAUUCUCUGUAAUUUAAGAGCUACUUGGAUGGCAGACAUGCUCAGGAAAGGAAGCCUUCCACACCACUUCACCAUUUAGGAAAACGUUUCAAGCUGCUAAAUGACUACCUGCCAGGCAACUGUUAAAUGCACAGGAGUUCUGCCAGAAAAAAGUGCUUUGCUGUUUGAAAUGUUCACCCACAGCUUCCUCUUUCUUAGUGGCUCUCUUUUAUCUGGGUGCUAACAGCAGGUGGGAGGAGUCUAAUAGAGACCAAAGCUCUUGCAAAGUUCAAGUGGGUUGCUUCUUAUGAAGGUCAUGGUGCAUCCACAUUUAGAAUACUCUGCUUGGUUUUCUCUUCCCCACUCCCAAGCUCAAAAAGGAUGCUGUACAAAUGUGUACAGGCACAAACAAGAGACAAAAAAGCAGUUAUUUGAGCAGGAGUCAAAGCAUCCUGCUGCAAAACAAGAGGCUUUACAAAUAUAAUUUAGAAGGAAGGUAGCAGAGGUUGAUGGUUAUGAACUUUUGUAGGCCUGGUGAAUACAGAAAUUGUUUUCUCUCAAAACCCUAGAAUGCAUUGGAAGUUGAAAGUUAUAAAUUAAAAAGUUGACCAGUUUUUAAAAAUAAAAUGCAUUUGAUCAAAUAAAACCACAGAGAAUCACCAGUGAAAACCUAUAUUGGAAAAGAAGCAAAGGAGAUCUUGAAAUACCUGCCCUAACAAGAUAUUUUCAAGCAGUAAAACUUGGCCUGUAUCUCAAGGUGAUUCAAAAUAGACAAAGCAAUUAAGGCAGAAAAAGAGAUCUAUAAUAGCAAUUCUGGAAACCGUUACGGUACAACUAAGAACAUACGUUAUUGAUUCUCAAGUCUUGACAUCCACUCUAAAUAUGUAUUAAAAGUUUGGUGUAAACACUAACAUCAGUUACCCUCAAGCAGCAUUCAAAACUCCCAUUGUUCUAGGCACAUUUUGUGACAAGUAAUUUCAAUAGCGUGAGCAGUUUCUGAGCUCUGGGCGCAGUACUGCACCUAAGAUUUCAGAUUAAAACUGGACCUUUUUCUGCCUCUCCACUUGCAGCCACUCUCUGAAGACUGGAGAAUAGACCCUCUUAAGAAUAUUAGAGGGGUGGGCAGAGGAAGCAUGGCUUUGUUUUUUGCAGUCUUCAGAAGAGGACUAGACCAUGUAAAAAAUGAAUAUAAGAUUUUAGCUGCAGUUCAUUUAUUUUCAGCUUUGUUUUCUUGUUAUUUAAAAAGUAUGCCUAGACAUUCCAUUGUUGCGCCCAUAACAUAAGGUGCCAUUUAGCUCCUAGCCUUCAUAUCUCUGUUUUUAACACUGCCCCCAAGCAUAUCCCCAAGUACAUAUUGGCUCACAAAUAAAUUCACUAGUAUAGUGUUCAAAAAUACUGGAAGUUUCUCUCUCUCUCUUUUUUAAUGGAUUAUUUAUGGGCACAUAAUUUCAUAUAAACAAGUAACAUUGAUUCUGCACAACUACCACAAUCUUUCCAGCUAAGGCAUAUUGCCAGUCAACUGAAAAUGCAUUACAAAUAUCUUUGUGAAUAUAGAUCUUUUGAAAGAGAUGCUGAUUCACUCAGACCAGAGCAUCUUAAUUACCAAAAUACCAAUUUUGAUUAACUAUCCCUAACGUUAAAAAAAUAUGAGAAACUGGAAGAGGGACCCCCAUCAAGUUACUGGGAUGGGCGGAAAACUUUGUCCCCUCCCCUGUGCUGUGUCUACGUCAUCCCUCCAUUUUUACUGAACCCCCCCCCCCCAAAAUGAGUAGGGUCUCCAUGGGACAGAAAAAUCACUUUGGGUACCUGAUCUAACCUCUGGGUUUGGGGGUUAGUGACCUCUACUUUAGGGAGUCUUUUAAUUUCUGAGCAUUCAGAAUGCUAGUAGAACAAAACACACUGUUCCUGCAAAAAAAAAAAAAAAAAAAGAACACCAAAAAACCAUUGUUGAUUUUUUGCUUUCUGGCUUACUGCUAUCAGGAUAGCUUAAGAUGCCCCGAGAAAGCAAACAGUUUAGUGCUAUGAAAAUAAGUAACUUUGCAAAAACCUAUGAAUGUAGUAUUUGUGUUGGCACAAGGAAGAAAACUAAUCCUCUGGCACUUUAAAAUAGGAGCAGUGGCUGCAAGCCAUUUGAAGAAUGGCAGCUAGGAUCAGAUUUGCUUGAAGGAAUACACAGUAGGGCAGUUUAGAUGCACAAUUGAAUGUGUUGAAAGCAUCCAUGAGGAGCUAGUUGGUCUUCAUAGACUUCCCGUGCUGUACGUGUAGUUGCAACCAGUGCCCACCUCCUCGAUCAGCUGUAUGUUUGGCAACAGCAAGAGGCUUGUCCAUACUUAGGGAGAUCAUUGGCCACAGUUGUCAAAUGCGUGGUUGGUUGGUUGGAUAGCAUGCCAGUCAUGAGGGUAGGCCUAGCCUGCAGAGCACAUGGCCCUGUGACAGGGAAUCCAGGUUUUUAAAAAGGCAAAUAUGCCCAUCUUUCUCUUCUUGGUUCCAGGGUCUCACUCUGUGUUCCCUUAAGGAAAGGGUAGGUAAUCUUUUCUGGCCAGCAGGUCAUACUCUUAUCUCCUUACUCCUGGUGGAACAAAUUUGACAAGUGGGUGGGGCUGACCAUCUGCACUAUGACAUCAGGUGAAGCUGCACUUUGAAGCCCCAGUUCUGGGACUUCAAAGCGCAGGGCUGCCUGAAAGCCCUUUUUCAAACAGCUUGUGUCUGUACUGAGUGACUCCAGAGGGGUUGCUGUUAAAACAAGAAAGCAUCUUCUGGCACCUUAAAAUAUUUUUAUGUGUUGAUUUAUUUUGAAACUUAUACUCCACCUUUAAGUGUUACCACUCCCAGGGCAGUGUUUAAAGCAAUUUAAAACAACAGUAUCCAUCAAUAAUGUUAGCAGUAAUAGGAAUCAGUAACAGUCCUGGGACUGCAGAGCUGAAGGCAGUCGGGGAAGUACGAGCCACUGAGAAGCACCCACUGCCUCCCAGGAAGAACAUCAUGACAAGCAGGAAGGCAACCUGAUCCCAUUCAGAGAUGUAGUAGCUGCUUCAGUGUUUGCUAUCCUUCUCACUCACUUUUUCCUUUUGUUGUCAAAUAUGUUGAUGUUAUUACAUGUAUGCCUUGCUGUUCCUGCAAGGAGCUCAAGGUAGUUUAUCGUUUUAACAGUAUUUCAAAACCAUAUUAAAACAACAGAGCUGCAAAAAUGCAGCAAUACAAACUUCAAAUGUCCAUAAAGAUGGCAAAAGUAGUUUCUUUCCCAAACAGGUUUUAUCUUAAUUGCAAACACAGUAAGUAAAGAGUCGACUUGCGAUAUAUCAGUGGUUCAGUGCUCAGACGUCAUACCAGUAAAUCAGACAUUUUGUUGCUAGAGAGCUUAGUCAUCGAGCUUUGUAGUAAAUAAUAUACAGUGGUACCUUGGGUUAAGUUCUUAAUUCGUUUUGGAGGUCUGUUCUUAACCUGAAACUGAUCUUAACCUGAAGCACCACUUUAGCUAAUGGGGCCUCCUGCUGUGCCGCCGGAGCACGAUUUCUAUUCUCAUCCUGAAGCAAAGUUCUUAACCCGAGGUACUAUUUCUGGGUUAGUGGAGUCUGUAACCUGAAGUGUCUGUAACCUGAAGCGUAUGUAACCCGAGGUACCACUGUACAAGAGAAGACAGAAUGUAAACAACUUAAAGCAGGGUAUAUCUGUCCCCAUUUGCAUGUUUCCAUCGGGAGGAGCAUAGAAAGAGGACAAUGUUCUUCAGUUUGUUAAACCUCCUUGAGAUAUACCAGGCAGUGACAGAUAUUAAAGUCAGAUGCCAGCCAGUACUCCUUGGGAAUUGGGUUCCAGACACGUCCAUGGCAUUAGCUGUGGAUAACAUGUCAUGCAUCUGAUGAGGAUUUGCUCCCCACCAAAGCUUAUGCUGCAACUCAUUUGGUGGUCUUUCGGGCACCAUGGCAUUUUUGUUCCUUUUUUUGGUAUAGAAUUGUGAUUGUCUUGUACACUAUGGGCAAUAUAGCAGGCCUACCAAGUUCAGUAAGUAGUGAUCAUAGGGAGGAAUUCAGGAAGUCAAGCCUUUGCUCAAGCCUUUGCAGAUUAGAAUCAAUUCACAUCAUUUUAUAUGUUUGCCAAGCAUAGAUAGUUUUUUUUCUAGCUAGAGCAGACACAACUCUGCCCAGGUUAACAAUCCAUAAAAUUUAGAGCCCUUCCUUUCCGUGUGUGUCAUGAACUGAAACAGCUGGGUGUGGGUAUCUGCUGUCCAGAAAUCCUUGUUUGUUUCUGGGAUGGAUUUGUUAGGUUAUACAAAUACACUGGAUGGUCAGACGUGCUCAAAAAUGCAAAUUGUUUUAACAAUUAGAGCUGUAACGUGUUAGAUUGUUGUUGCUGGGGUUUUUAAAAGUUGUAAUUAAUAGAGAAUCUGCCCACCUAAAUUCACAAGAGAGGUAUGCAAAAUUAGCAUUUCAUCUAAAAAUGAAACAAGUGUUCAAGAGGGUCUGAAACAUAGUUUCAUGCUUUUAAGGCAGAAUGUUGAACCAUUUGAGUUCAUUUGAUGAACGCUUUAGGGCAACUUUUCCCAACUUGGUGCCCCCAGCUGUUUUCCCCUCCCCAAAGUUACAACUUCCCAUCAGCCCCAGUUGUUGUUGCCAGGGAUUAUAAUGAUGUAUUUAUUUAUAUCCCAUCUUCUUCUGUGAAAGUGACUCAAGGCAGCUUACAAAUAAAAAUAAGAACAGCUAAAAACAUAGAGAAUUUAUUUUUUAAAAAAAUUAAAAUUAAAUUAAAACUAUAUGUAUACAUAUAAAAAUAUAUCAAAGCUAUACAAAUAAUACCAAUAAAAGCAACACGGUGCCAGCCCCCUCAUUGAAAGCAGUCAGUUGGGAGGAACAAGAUAUGGGUGGCACACAGAUGUCCUUAGCCGGGACAUCUCAGCAUCAUGGAUAUGGUGCAACUAAAGACCCUACAUCUGGAUGUGGAAUUGGACAAAAUGUGUUGGGUCACUUAGGCUGCCAUCUUAACCCCUGCUAUGUGGGCAUCAUGGUCAGCACUACGGCCCCUGGCUCAGUAUGAGGGGUGCUUCUGAACCUCUCCUUUGAAACCCAAAGGAAAACAGGCAGUAGUGAAAAAUAACAUCCCUUCUUUCCUCCCCAAGGACUUGCUGUUACACUACUGCUUGAGUUAGAGUCACCUUUUGGUUGACUAGACAAGUCCUACAAAAGGGCAGUUUCCCUCCCCACUGGCUUCUCCUUCCUCCUGGUCUGCCCAGAUCCAACAUGCAUGGCCUUCUCUGUUGCACUUCCAACAGGAGAUGGGAGUAGUAGUUGAGAAGGCACCAGAUUGAGGUAGUAGGUUUUAUGGAGUUAGCACAACUCAUGUCAUCUUGGCCCCAUUGAGGAAAGAAAUGCUAGAGUCCCUUCCCCUCCGCCGCCCCCUGGCCAUCUAUGCUCUUGAGCAAUUUAAAUCAGCCUUGGUUCUCCAUUUAAUAGAGUGCUCCCCUUGCAUAAAUCUAAAGUCUAUGAUUGUUGGGGGGUUUAUAGAGGUUUUCCAUUUUGCUGAAGCAGGUUGACCAAGAUGCUCAGUCCAGAAAGCCAUGUUUAGGAAAUAAUAUAUUAGAGAGAAUGCGCUGAGCUGUUUUCAGCAAGCCACAAUAUUUGCUACAGAGGAGGUGUUUUACAUAAAGCGGAAAGGAAACGAGCUGAAAACAAAGACAGAGAGCAAAUAUAGGAACAGAUUGCUACGAGGCCCUUAACCAGGAUCACGGAGGAUAUUAUUACAGAACUUAGCUUUGAUAGCUAAUCAAACAGUUGUGAAAGAUCUACCAUUUUUCCAGGCUCAGAGCAAAGACUAUGCAAGAUUUGUUUCAUGACUGGUUUAUUUAAACACCUUAAAACCUAUUGAGCAAACACAGCUGCCUUCAUAUCAUAUUAAUAGGCAAGCAUGUCAAUGAACUCCUUUGUACUUCAGCUGGAAUUUGAGUGAGUAGUCCAUAGACUUAGAGAAAACCUGUGAAACUGAUAAAUGACAGGUGACAGAUUAUUUUCUUUCUUUCUUUCUUUCUUUCUUUCUUUCUUUCUUUCUUUCUUUCUUUCGCCGAAAUUUGACAUCUAGAAAUAACACUAACGUUUCUCUUUUGAACUUUUGUUUCAGAUUUGACAGUCAUGAAACGGAUCAUAUGUGCGAUUCUCUUGGGUGCGGGAGUGAUGUAUGUUAUACUACACCGAAACCUGCGACGGACAAAUGACUAUUGGUAAUUACAACAUCUUCUUAGACUUAGACAAACUACCUGUUAAUUUGUCACUGCAGAUCUCUCCAAGAAUCGUUUGGCUGUACCUCUGCAAUUGCAUGUCUUAUGCAGGAGCUGGAAAACAUGUUGUUAGGUUAGUUAGCAAAAGUGUCUGAGGAAAAACAAAAUGACUGCAGAAUUACUUAUGACAUUGUAGGCAAGUGUCUCUGACCCCUCCCUCAUCCCUGGCCUAAGUGGGACUUAAUCUGAAAAGGUAGCACUACCUUAUUUUGACUAAGGAUGCUUGAGGAUUUCACAGUUUAAAGUGAUUUUUAAUAUCCAAAUUGGAGCACCAUGAUGCUUUAAUUUUUACACUUUUCUGAAGUCUUCAGUACAGGAAGACGAUAUGGUUAUACAGUUCCUGAAUCAUAAAUUUACUCUUGAAAGAGGAUUUCAUUAUCUGUGUGAAGAUUGGUUCCUACUCCAUAUUAUCUCUGUGAAGUCUGGUUCCUAUUUACAGGAGGGCGGUAAUUCAGCUGUGUUGGUAAAUGUAAGAUUAGUAUGCUGAUUAGUAUGUACCUCUUAAGGGUCAGGAUGGUUGCUGUACCUUCCAGACUGAAUUUAAGACAGGAGCUUGUAUCAGGGUCACAGAUAGUUCAUGAAUGGUAUAUUUUAUCUGAAACGUAUGCCAGUUGCACUGACGCCAUGAUCCAUAGAAAUAAACCAUGAGAAAAGCACAGACUUAGCACCCAUUGUUAACCCGCUUACUCAUCUUUUCUCUGAAUUAAAAAGCCCCAAAUGCUGCAACCCUCCUUCUUAGAACUAAUCCAAAUGUAGUUGCACCAUAGAUUUAUAUAAGAGCACUAUGAUAUUGGCAGUUUCCUUUUCAGUUUAGCUUGUGUUGUAUGGCAAUGUGGGUGGGGCAUGUCAUGUUUCAAAGCCUUCUGCAUUCAGCUCUAUUAAAGUUCUCUUUUGGGUGCUUUUUAAUCAGACAUUGAACUUGCAGAAUAAGUAGCCCAUAAACCAGGGAAGAAGCAUAUGCAAUUCAGCAUCACAUGUUGUAUAGUUUAAGGCAUAUGACUCUGGUGCACUGAAAUCAGUGCAACCUAGAAAGACUUAAUUUGAGAUUGAAUGCUGCAGCAGGUUUUAUGGAUUGUCUGUAAAUAAAAUGGAGUGUGUGUGUGUAUAUAUAUAAUUUUUUUAUUCAGAUGUUCACUACCUCCUAUCAGUCUGUCUGUCUAUUUUAAUAUGGUGAAUUUGUUGUUGUUGUUCUAGGUUACCCCCUACAGAUGGAGGAGACAGAAAAGGACAAAUAAUAGGUUGCCCUUACAAACCUGGUGUUUCAUCUUUAAUAAAGUAAGGGGAAAGGGGGAAGGGGUCAUCAACACAAAUUACUAAUGGUCACCAUGUGCUGAAUGGGCUUGCAGUCCCCUCUUCCAAAAGCAAGGGUGGGCAACUUCUUUUUUGUUGCUAGUUGCAUUCCCUUGAUGGUAAUCUGUUGAUGUCCACAUGUUGGUGGUGGGUGGAGCCAGACACAAACAUAUUUUGGAUUUACAAAUAAAGACCAGUUUCAACCGUGGCUACCAAGGGUUAGAAUUUGCAGUCCUAUGCAGAUUCUACUCUUAAUACAAUACGAUACAAUACAAUACAAUACAAUACAAUACAAUACAAUACGAUAAUCUUUAUUGUCAUUGUCCCAUACAGAACAACGAAAUUGAAAAAUCUAAGUAAGACAUUCAAAAACCAACAAGCCUGCUAUCCCUGCUAUCCCAACCUGGUUAGCCCUCUAAAAACUCUGAUAUCCCAUUUAUAAAUACAAUAUACUACCAUAGAGACUCCUUACACCGCAUUUAAAACCAAAAUCGCAUUUGGAUAGAAACUGUUUCUCAGGUGGCUAGUCCUAGUCUUUAUAACCCUGUACCUUCUUCCAGAAGGCAGAAGCUGAAAGAGAUCAUUUCCGGGGUGCACACUAUCCUGCACUAUCUCUUCAGCUUUCUUAUGACACCUGGAAGUGUAGAUUUGAUCCAAGGUGGGAAGAGUAAACCCUAUUGAAUUUGAUGGGGUUACUCUCAAAUAAGUAUACUGAUGAGGUUUUUUUUUAAGCAUUACAGAUCAAUACAGUUUUCUGGAAAGCAAGUGACGAGAAUUAUUUUCUGACUUAGCAUGUGUACUCACAUACCUCGCUUAUCAGACAUUUACCCUAAGCGAUGCAGUCAGAAAAAAAAAAAGAAGAACACCCACACCAGUUCAUGCCCCCCCAAAAUAUUGGUCCUUCUAGUUGUUCUGCACUAACUACACAGAAAGAAGGCAAAAAGCCGAGGAAAAUAAGCAAGGCAUGAACAAGAAGGAAGGAACUCUGAUAGGAUAGAAGAGUGGGGCAGCUUCAGAAGGUAUUGAGGGCCAUGUUCAAUAAGGUUGUGGUUUGCAUGCAGCUCUGAUCCACAGGCUUCCCACCUGAACCCCAAAGAACAAGUUCGUAGCAGAAGCAGCUCACCAGGUGGGAUGGAGCCACUACACUAACUUCUCAUCAGGUGGGUUGCUGCUGUUGAUCAGGAGGGGCAAGGUGACAGGGAGGUAUUUGUGGUGCAAAUUACCAGCAGGAACGCCAGAUUGGCUCUACCACUGUGUUUGCACUGCACCAGCCUCCCUACUGCCUCGCUCCUCUCCCUCCAGUCAGCAACAGCAGCCUACACACUGGAGGUUCAGGUUGCCUAGUGCACCAUUUACCAAUUUAGACUGCUGCACUUUCUGUACAGCUGUCUGGCCUCAGUUAUUCACACCCUGUUAUUCUCCAGCUUAAACUACUGCAAGGUGUUAUCCUGGGCUACCUUUGAAGGUGAUUUGAGAACUGCAGUUCAUCCAAAAUACGGCUGUGACUUGAAAAACCAGUGCAGUUCAGCACCAAGUAUGUUGCGUCAGUGCAGUAUAAUCAAACUACUUUAUACAAGUCAAGUGUGGGCACAGACCAUCCUAAGUUCAAAUUUUUGUACAACAAGAGCAGGGACCUCUUUUUCACCAGUGCAGCACUGGAGCCACAAAAACCUGAGGAUUAGUACCAAGCAAUGCAUAUCAGGCAUCGAGCCUGUAUGCCAGAUGCCAGCUGGUUUUUGUCUAUAAAAGCUACACUUGCCAGAAUGUACAUAUGAAAAUGGUUCACUUCCCUUUUCUGUUCUGCUUUAACGGCCUUCACAAAUGACACACUCCGUCCUAAAAGGAGUUUUUUAGGCACUUUAAUCCAUCUUCCUGUUUUCCUGAUCUAUUAAAUACUGCAUUUUAUUCAGUCUUUCAUAGGAUAUAAAAGUCACUUCUGGAAAUCUAGUGGAAGUUUUGCUCUCAUUUCAGUGAUUGCUUCCAGAAAAGGCAUUUACUAUGGAAUAGUCAGGCUUACUGGGCAUCCAUAACAAAUGUUUUCUGAGCACUUAGUCUUAGAGAGGUGAUGAAAACCUUUGAAUGUAUGUCUGAAGGGAGAUUUUGGAUGUUGUUGUUUAGUUGUUUAGUCGUGUCCGACUCUUCGUGAUCCCAUGGACCAGAGCACGCCAGGCACUCCUGUCUUCCACUGCCUCCCGCAGUUUGGUCAAACGCAUGCUGGUAGCUUCGAGAACACGUCCAGCCAUCUCAUCCUCUGUCGUCCAAUUCUCUUUGUGCCCUUAAUCUUUCCCAACAUCAGGGUCUUUUCCAGGGAGUUUUCUCUUAUCUUGAGGUGGCCAAAGUAUUGGAGCCUCAGCUUCAGGAUCUGUCCUUCCAGUGAGCACUCUGGGCUGAUUUCCUUCAGAAUGGAUAGGUUUGAUCCUCUUGCAGUCCAUGGGACUCUCAAGAAUCUCCCCCAGCAUAAUUCAAAAGCUUCAAUUCUUCGGCGAUCAGCCUUCUUUAUGGUCCAGCUCUCACUUCCAUACAUCACUACUGGGAGAUUUUGGAUAGGUGAGAGCAAAUCAAUGAAGUUUAAUUUAGAAAAGAUGGGAGUUCUGAGUAUUGAACAGAUUGCUGUAUGAGUUUUGGAUGAAGUUGCAUUCCAUCUAAAAGAGCCAGGUGCACAGUUUGGGGAUUCUCUUGGAUUAUGUGCAAUCAGGAAACACUGGUGACCUAGUAAGCUAGGAGUGCCUCGGUUUAUGCUAGUUCACUAGCCACAGCUCUUUCGGGAGAAACAGAUCUUACCUCAGCUACACAUGCUCUGGUUGCAUGCAGAGGAAAUUAUGCAAUAUGUAGGACUGCCUUUAAAGACAGUUCAGAAACUUUAGCCUGCAAAGAAUACAACUUUUAAGAUACAGUCAAACCUCGGAUCCCGAACGCCUCCGUUUUGGAACGUUUUGGCUCCCAAAUGCUGAAAACCCAAAGUAAAUACUCCAGUUUUUGAACGUUUUCAGAAGCCAAACGUCCAACACUACUUCUGUUUGGGUGCAGGACAUUCCUGCGCCCAAUUGGAAGCCGCGCCUCAGUUGUCGAACAUUUCGGAAGCUGAACGAGCUUCCAGAAUGGAUUACGUUCAACAACCGAGGUUUGACUGUACUUGUGGGAACCAAGCAACACUGUGCUGUCUACAUUGGCUGCCUCUUUGUUUCCAGGCUCAGUUUAAAGUGCUUGUUUUGACCUUUAAAGCACUGAAAGAUUGGGGGCCAGGUUAUCUAAAGGACCGUCUGCACUCAUAUGAAUCUUCAUAGAUCCUACAAGCAGGCUCAGAGGCCUGCUUUCUGUAUAAUAAUAAUAAUAAUAAUAAUAAUAAUAAUAGUAAUAAUAAUAAUAAUAGUCAUCAAGGCUCAUCACCAAAGUGGACAUCAAAGACAGGGCCUUUCUUCUGGUUGCCCCACAUUUCUGGAAAUCUCUCCCUAAAUAAGUACACAUGACUUUGCCUCUACUUUUAUGUAGACCUUUCAAAUUUACUUGUUUCAUUGUUUUUAUUGAUGUGUUGUAUGUGCUGGUUGUUAACUACUCCCAUUUUUAUUUGUUUUGGGGCUAUUUAUAAUGCAUUAAACUUAUUGUCUGUUCUUGUCUGAAAUGUUGGUAAGCAGUCUUGGGAUGGUUUCUUUUUUGGCACCAAAACGUGGCAUUAUUUUAUAAAACAAAUGAACUAACAAUUUAAUAUUUCCCCCCCUCUUUUUACCUCUAGGGGGGAAAAAUUCUAUCCUUUUCUGUGCAUUAACGAUUUUGUAAAAGUGUCUGGGGACCAUGGAAGUCACAGGAUCGAACUACCUUAUGGAAUAAAAGGAGCGGGUAAGCCAUUGAUAUGUGCUGCAUUAAAUAUAAGGUUAUGCAAGAUUAAAUGAUGAAAGUGAAGCUUUCAUUAUAUAUUAAUGGGUGUAAAGUUUUUUCUGAGGUGUUGCUGUUUAAAGGCAGUAUGGUACAACACCAAGCAGAUAUGGAAAAUGUAGAAUGUGAUUUCCUGCUUCCCCCUCCUCAUUCCACUUCACACAUGGUGUUGCAUGCACCCUUCUUUACCUGCUUAUAAUUGGGGUGGAGAGGAGAAAUUGAAUGUUUUGGAAGGUCCAUGCAAUAUUUCAUUUUAAGCAUUUGAAUUGCAGAUGGUGCCUGCAGGGAUAUGGAAUGUGCAGAAUGGGCCCAAUUUAAUUGUGAGGAUGCAUAUCACAGAAACAUUCUGGCACCUUGGUUGGGAGCAGGGAAUUAUAGGCUGCUUCCAUAUAUUUCCAUCAAUUAACAUGGAAUAGAGAUAAAGCACAAGAAACUUGUAUUCUUCCUAAUCUUUUUAUGACUAUUGCCGCUGGGGUUUUAAGUCUCUGCUCCAACAGUAUUCAUGAGAUUAAAAGGCCAUAAACUUAUUUAACAAACUCACACUGACAUCUGACAAUUUAAUAUUUUAUUUAAAAAUGCACACAACACAAUUACGUUUAAUUUUGUUGGUACAAUAAAGUGUUGAUUCUUAAUUAAUGAUUUUUCUAAAAUAAUUUGUAUUACAGAAAGGUAUUUCCAUAUGGCACUUUCAAGACUACAAAACUGCAGAGUAUUCACUGAAGAUGAUAGGUGAGGUUGUUUUUGUGUUAUUGCCAACUGUUGAUGAAAAAUACAGUCUUUGGAUUGAUAUAAUUGCUAUCAUUUUAGCUGAGAUUAAGGCCCAUGUAAAAAAAAACAAACAAACCCAGCCGCCCAGGACACACAAGAUGGAAUUGCUCACUGCAUAGCUCAGUUGAGUUCUAAAUGCAAAUUGGAACUCAAAAGGAUUUGCCCCUUUGAUUGUUCAUUUAAAGAAAAAAAAAUCUGGGCAGUUCUUCAAUUGUUGACAUCAACAUUCAUUCAUUAUAAAAAUGUUGUUGGCCAUGUUAAUAAUGAUGAUGAUUUUAAUUUAUUAUCAACCCUUUAGCCUAGUGGACGCAGGUGGCGCUGUGAGUUAAGCCACAGAGCCUAGGACUUGCCGAUCAGAAGGUCGGCAGCUUGAAUCCCUGCGAUGGGGUGAGCUCCUGUUGCUCAGUCCCUGCUCCUGCCAACCUAGCAGUUCAAAAGCACGUCAAAGUGCAAGUAGAUAAAUAGGUACUGGUCCGGCGGGAAGGUAAAUGGUGUUUCCGUGUGCUGCUCUGGUUCGCCAGAAGCGGCUUAGUCAUGCUGGCCACAUGACCAGGAAGCUGUACGCUGGCUCCCUCAGCCAAUAAAGCAAGAUGAGUGCCGCAACCCCAGAGUCGGUCAUGACUGAACCUAAUGGUCAGGGGUCCCUUUACCUUUACCCUUUAGCCUAAGGUCACAGGGCAGGUUACAAUCAUUUAAAAGAGAGAAAAAAACCAGUUAUAAAACAUGUAAUUAGAAAAAGAUCCCAAAAAGGGGUCUUGUGAAAAAUAGGAUGGGUCCUGAAAAUAUACAUUCAAUUAUCUGCCCUUCACCAGCUGGUCCCAUUUUAAUGUCCUGGAUCCAUGUGAAUUCUACACCAUAACUUCAUAUUUGAGGGUGGCUUAAUUUUUAAAUACAGUGGUACCUCGAAUUUCAUACGCUUCAGGUUACAUACGCUUCACGUUACAGACUCUGCUAACCCAGAAAUAGUACCUCGGGUUAAGAACUUUGCUUCAGGUUGAGAACAGAAAUUGUGCUCUGGAGGCGCAACGACAGUGGGAGGCCCCAUUCGCUAAAGUGGUGCUUCAGGUGAGGAACAGUUUCAGGUUAAGAAUGGACCUCCAGAACAAAUUAAGUUCUUAACCCGAGGUACCACUGUACUUCUUUUUGUCUGUCCCAGAUCUCCCAACAUUUAGCUUCAUCUCCCAACAUUUGGAUCACCCUCGUUCUAAAAGGAUGAGAAGAAGGGAGAAAAGUAUGUUAAGUUUAAAACAAUGCCAGAGUUUGAAAGAACAUUUCUGAUUUCUCCUGGGGGGCGAAGAGGUUGGUUUGGAUAAAGGUAGAAGGUUGUGCAAUGCAAACAACACCACAGAAUAGACUUACUGUUGCUGGGGAAUGGAGAGGAAGGUGGGAGGGUAUUGUGUUGUUUUAUUGUAGAUUGGUUGCUGUGUGCUGAGCACUGAUAUUUGGUUUCGGGGAGCUUGUCACACAGCAGUUGCCUUUGUCUGCUUUUUCCACACCAGAAUGUUACACGAACCAGUGUUGUUUGCUGCUUCCUAAUCUGGCUCAUGAGUGUCAUGCCCCAAUCACAGAUAACAAAUAAGCUUGUUACAUUAUAUGCAUUUAUGUCAGCAAGCAAAGUGCCAAGCUAAGAUAUAUUCAUGAAUUUCUUGUGCACAUUGUGCAUUCUUGUUCAGGCUCCUGGGUGGGAGGGAAGAAAGGAAGAGAAUGAUAAGCAAUUAAUGCCUCCUUUGAGAAUGUCCAGCCUGCUUCAUAAGCAGAGGCUUGUGAGGCUAGAAGGACCUCAAGGACAGGACGUACCCACUGCCUGGUGCUGUCUAGGUAGGUGGCUGGAGUGGCAAUUGAGGUCCUUCAGAAGAAGAAUCUAUUAACUGCUUGUAUGGCCCAGUGGGAGAAGGGGCUUCACUGCAGGUUUAUGAAAAAGUUAAGCACACAUAGUGGAAGAAGAGCUUUGUGGUGCUCCCAUUAGCCCCAGCAAGCACAGCCAAUGACCAGGGAUGAUGAGAAUCGUAGUCCACAGCGUCUGGACAGGACCCUACUGUGAGUCCAAGAGCAAUACAAGACCUGGAUUCUCUUACUUUUUUAAAAAGAGGAAAACCUGAAAAGAAGCUUCAGAAGCUGCAGUCAGGAGCAGAAAACUACCAGGAGGGCUGGCCGGUCCUAAAAUCCCCCCUUCUACUUAAUUCCUCCAAUCAUUUGGUUAUAUUCCCUAUUCUUUUUUCCUCAAGUGGUUGGCUAUCCACUUUCAUUGUCAAAUUGUCUCAGAGUUUAAGUGUUUGUGCUAAUUAUGUUGUGAGGUGGGGUAAAUUAACCCUCCCCAAUAAAAGCAUUUUCUCCACAAAACUUGGAUUGAUCACAAUCUCUUUGUUCCCGCAGCCCAUCCUGUAAAAAAUGUGUUGUUGUUGGCAAUGGAGGGGUGCUUCGAAACAAGAGUCUGGGGGAGACAAUUGAUUCUUAUGAUGUGGUAAUCAGGUAAAUGGAUUUUUUGCAUUAAUUAAUAAGUUUUAGUAAGUAUUUCUAUUGUUCAGUAUCAUUUUCCUUAUAUGAAUCUUUUGUUCUGCAAAAUAGUGGCUACCAUGACUUUUCCCUUUUGAAAGAAGUAGGAGGCCCAGGGUUCGCUCUGAUUGUUUAGAAAUACAAAAUCGCUUUGAGGUCCUCUCCCCUAGCAUGGAAGAUGAAGAGCAGACUCCAUUUGAGGAUCUCUCCCUCAUUACAGUCGAUCAGGUAUAUGAAGACGAGCAGCAAAGUCAGUCCUCAGGGAAUGUGCAGGCGACCUUGGAACGGACAGCUCAUGGAAGAACCCCGACCAAACCUAAGAGGAGACGUGUAGUGGUGAUAGGGGAUUCCCUACUGAGGGAACAGAAGCAGUGAUCUGUGGGCCUGACAAGAUGUCUUGGGAAGUGUGCUGUCUCCCCGGGGCUAAGAUCCAAGAUGUAACUGAACGACUGCAAGGAAUCUUAAAACCCACUGACAAAUACCCCUUCCUCUUGGUUCAUGUGGGAACCAAUGACACUGUAAGCAAUAGCCUCCAGAACAUCAAAAGAGAUUACGAGGCUCUGGGCAGGAAAUUGAAGCAAUUAAAUGCACAAAUUGUCAUCUCAUCUGUCCUCCCAGUUGAACGACGUGGCCCAGAGAGAGAGAAAAAAUAGUGGAAGUGAACAGCUGGCUUCGCAAAUGGUGUAAACAGGAACGGUUUGGAUUCUUAGAUCACGGACUGCAGUUUCUUGAAGAUGGACUUCUGGCAAGCGAUGGGCUGCACCUCACAAUGGUUGGGAGGAAUGUUUUUGCCAAAAAUCUCAGAAACCUCAUCAGGAGGGCUUUAAACUGACUAAUGUGGGGAGGGAGACAGUGCUCCUGAAGGUAGGAGUCUAUCAAUUGAUGAAGAUGAUCAUCCAAAUGUCAUAGACCAAAUGGAGCAAACAGCACACAGACCUAGUGGUGGGAGGAAAAAAUCCUUAAAUAAGAGACACGGGGAAUGAUUAAUGGACUUCAAUGUCUGUACACUAAUGCGCAAAGCAUGGGAAAUAAACAAGAUGAGCUUGAGCUCUUGGUACAGCAAACUAAAUAUGACAUAAUAGGCAUCACUGAAACCUGGUGGGAUAAGUCCCACGAUUGGAAUGUAAUAAUGGAGGGAUACAAUCUAUUUCAGAGAAACAGACCAGACAAGAAAGGAGGAGGAGUGGCGUUAUAUGUCAGGGAUGUGUAUACCUGUGAAGAGAUCCAAGAUUUAGAACCUCAAAGCCAAAGUGAGAGCAUUUGGGUCAAAAUUAAGGGAGAGAAGAAUAACAGUGACCUCAUUGUGGGAGUUUACUAUAGAUCCCCAAGCCAAAUGGAGGACAUAGAUGAUGCCUUCCUGGAACAGAUGACCAAGCAUGGAAAAGGAAGGGAGAUAGUAGUAAUGGGGGACUUCAAUUACCCGGAUAUUUGUUGGAUGUCAAACUCAGCCAAGAGCAUAAGGUCAAACAGAUUCCUCACUGGCCUUGCAGACAACUUCAUUGUCCAGAAAGUGGGAGAAGCAACAAGAGGAACAGCCAUUUUAGAUCUGGUCCUAACCAAUGUUGAUGACCUGGUUAGUGGGGUAGAAGUGGAAGGAUCAUUAGGCGCGAGUGAUCAUGCUCUUCUGAAGUUUACUAUACAGCGGAAAGGAGCAGCCAAGCAUACUAGGACUCAAUUUCUUGACUUUAAGAAAGCCGACUUCAUAAAACUUAGGGAAGUGCUGGGUGAGAUCCCAUGGACAGUAAUACUAAAAGGAAAGGGAGUUCAUGAUGGCUGGGAGUUUGUUAAGAGGAGAUACUAAAAGCACAACGUCAGGCAAUACCAAUGAGACAGAAACAUGGAAGGUGCCUAAAGAAGCCAGGGUGGCUAUCUAAAGAACUUUUAACUGAGUUAAGAUUAAAAAAGGAUGUGUACAAAAAAUGGAAAAAGGGGAAACCACCAGAGGAAUUCAAACAAAUAGCCAGCACGUGUAGACACAAAGUCAGAAAAGCUAAAGCACAGAAUGAACUCAGGCUUGCUAGAGAGGUUAAAAGCAACAAAAAAGGCUUUUAUGGCAAUGUUCAUAGCAAAAGGAAGAACAAAGAAACAGUGGGGUCACUCAGAGGAGAAGAUGGUAAAAUGCAAACAGGGGACACAGAAAGGGCUGAACUCCUCAAUGCCUUCUUUGCCUCAGUCUUCUCCGAUAAAGAAAACAAUGCCCGACCUGAAGAAUUUGGAGCAAAUGAUUCAGCAGAGGAAACACAGCCCAGAAUAACUAAGGAGAUAGUACAAGAAUACUUGGCUAGUUUAGAUGUAUUCAAGUCUCCAGGGCCAGAUGAACUGCAUCCAAGAGUAUUAAAAGAACUGGCAGAUGUGAUCUCAGAACCACUGGCAGUCAUCUUUGAGAAUUCCUGGAGAACAGUCCCGGCAGACUGGAGGAGGGCAAAUGUUGUCCCUAUUUUCAAAAAGGGGGAAAGAGAGGACCCAAAUAAUUACCGCCCAGUCAGUCUGACAUCAAUACCAGGGAAGAUUCUGGAGCAGAUCAUUAAGCAAACAAUCUGUGAGCACCUAGAAAGGAAUGCUGUGAUCACCAAUAGUCAGCAUGGAUUUCUGAAAAAUAAGUCAUGUCAGCCUAACCUGAUCUCGUUUUUGACAGAAUUACAAGCCUGGUAGAUGAAGGGAACGCAGUGGAUGUAGCCUACCUUGAUUUCAGCAAGGCAUUUGACAAGGUGCCCCAUGAUAUUCUUGUAAAGAAGCUGGUAAAAUGUGGUCUUGACUAUGCGACCACUCAGUGGAUUUGUAACUGGCUGACUGACCGAACCCAAAGGGUGCUCAUCAAUGGUUCCUCUUCAUCCUGGAGAAGAGUGACUAGUGGGGUGCCACAGGGUUCUGUCUUGGGCCCGGUCUUAUUCAACAUCUUUAUCAACGACUUGGAUGAUGGACUCAAGGGCAUCCUGAUCAAAUUUGCAGAUGACACCAAACUGGGAGGGGUGGCUAACACCCCAGAGGACAGGAUCACACUUCAAAACGACCUUGACAGAUUAGAGAACUGGGCCAAAACAAACAAGAUGAAUUUUAACAGGAAAAAUGUAAAGUAUUGCACUUGGGCAAAAAAAUGAGAGGCACAAAUACAAGAUGGGUGACACCUGGCUUGAGAGCAGUACAUGUGAAAAGGAUCUAGGAGUCUUGGUUGACCACAAACUUGACAUGAGCCAACAGUGUGACACGGCAGCUAAAAAAGCCAAUGCAAUUCUGGGCUGCAUCAAUAGGAGUAUAACAUCUAGAUCAAGGGAAGUAAUAGUGCCACUGUAUUCUGCUCUGGUCAGACCUCACCUGGAGUACUGUGUCCAGUUCUGGGCACCACAGUUCAAGAAGGACACUGACAAACUGGAACGUGUCCAGAGGAGGGCAACCAAAAUGGUCAAAGGCCUGGAAACGAUGCCUUAUGAGGAACGGCUAAGGGAGCUGGGCAUGUUUAGCCUGGAGAAGAGGAGGUUAAGGGGUGAUAUGAUAGCCAUGUUCAAAUAUAUAAAAGGAUGUCACAUAGAGGAGGGAGAAAGGUUGUUUUCUGCUGCUCCAGAGAAGCGGACAUGGAGCAAUGGAUCCAAACUACAAGAAAGAAGAUUCCACCUAAACAUUAGGAAGAACUUCCUGACAGUAAGAGCUGUUCGACAGUGGAAUUUGCUGCCAAGGAGUGUGGUGGAGUCUCCUUCUUUGGAGGUCUUUAAGCAGAGGCUUGACAACCAUAUGUCAGGAGUGCUCUGAUGGUGUUUCCUGCUUGGCAGGGGGUUGGACUCGAUGGACUUGUGGUCUCUUCCAACACUAUGAUUCUAUGAUUCUAUGAAUUAAAGGCCACUGUCAUCAGUCUUGGGUGCUAGUAUUUAAAAAAAAUAGCCAGCUUCUCUUUUGGUACAAAUCCUAUAAUUUUCAACAUUUUGGGUGGGGUGGGUGGGAGGCAAUAUUUGAAGUUAUACAUAUAGGAAGGACGCGGGUGGCGCUGUGGGUAAAACCUCAGUGCCUAGGACUUGCUGAUUGUAAGGUCGGCGGUUCGAAUCCCCGCGGCGGGGUGAGCUCCCGUCGUUUGGUCCCAGCUCCUGCCCACCUAGCAGUUCGAAAGCACCCCUAAGUGCAAUUGGAUAAAUAGGUACCGCUUUAUAGCGGGAAGGUAAACGGCAUUUCCGUGUGCUGCGCUGGUGCUAGCUCACCAGUGCAGCUUCGUCACGCUAGCCACGUGGCCUGGAAGUGUCUUCGGACGGCGCCGGCUCCCGGCCUCUUGAGUGAGAUGAGCACACAACCCUAGAGUCGGUCACGACUGGCCCGUACGGGCAGGGGUACCUUUACCUUUUUUUAUAUAGGAAGGAAGCAUAGGGACAAGAAUAGAAAUACAGUAUAUGAGAAGGUGUUGAAGGGUUAAUUAUUCCUUGACAGCUGGUUUCUCUGUUCCACCAGCAGCAGCCAGCCCGGGCUUUGUAAUCUCUCAGAACCCAGUGAGCUUCCUCAAUAACUUGCUUCUCAUUAAAGAGAAUGUACACUUUACUCUUGAACUGUUUGUUCAGCAAUAGAAAUGUUUGCUCAAGGCUGAUUUGCAUAUUGGCAAUGAAAAGUCUAGAGAGGCUAUGAGUGAUUUCACUAAACCGUCUCUUCUUUAUAGAUCUCUUCUUCUUUAACUUCCUUAUAUAGACAGGAGUAUUGUUACAUUGCCCAACGUUGCUCCUGUUAACACUGUGGCAGCCCCGACCCAAUUUUUUAAAAAAUGGUGUUGGGGGGGGUUAUAGUAAAAGAAGUGGCCUUAUUUUCAUCAGUGCUGGCCUAGAAAGAGAAGUGGAGGUUUCCACCCACCCUGCCCUCUUCCCUUCCUUUCCCUAGAAUGCCACUGUGCCAAGGUGUGCCCAGAAAUGUUCUCCAUAGGGACAGAAGAGGGAUGGGCAGCUGGAGGCCAAUGCUUUGUCUUCUGGUCUCCCUCUAAAAUUCUUUGGAAAGGGCCCUGCCUGAUAAGCUUGGGGGUAGCGGCCUCUGGUGAUUUGACUCUUGUUUUUCAUCCUAGUUUUGCCUGUUUUAGGUGUGUGGAUGUGUGAUCUGUUUUGUGUGGGGAUAGGCAUAUGUGUCUUAGCGGCAGGUAGCAUGGCAGAAGCCAGGCAUCUGUGUAGGCAUGAAGCUGUAUUGCAGAAAAAUGGGAUUUAUUUUUGUAGAACCAUUUUUUUCUUAUGUUCUUCAACAGAAUGAAUAAUGGACCUGUUGUAGGCUAUGAAGAAGACGUUGGAAGAAAGACAACAUUCCGGCUCUUUUAUCCAGAGUCUAGUUUUUCAGAUCCAAUUCACUAUGACCCUAACACAACUGCGGUUCUUGUUGUGUUCAAGACCCAUGACUUAAAAUGGCUUUGGGAUCUGCUAAGUGGCCAGCGUUUAAUAGUAAGCCAGUUUUAUUUUAUUUGUUAAUAUGUUGAAAAUGAUGUUGAUAAUGAAAUGUACAUGGCUUCUCAUCAGUAAAAUUCCCUUACAAAAUAAAAUAUAAAGCUCUCAUACAUUUUUUUUAAAAAAAUACAAAAUGCAUUAAUUAAAACAACAACAAAUUCAAAAUAUUAUAUAACUUUUGCUCACAGAGACCAAAUAAAACUAUAGCUCAGCUUAAAACUCCACUAAAAGAGCAGGAAUAUAAAGGUUUAUUUAAGACCUACUAUAAACAAUAAAGGGCUAGGCUUUGUUUUACAACACAUGUUUCAAAGGCCUGGGUGAUUUAAAAAUGUCUUCACCUAGCACUGAAAAGACCACAACAAACAUAAGAACAGCCUGUUGGAUCAAGCCAAUGUACCAUCUAGUCCCAUAUGUUUGUAGGAAACCAGCAAGCAGGACUCAAGCACAAGAGUGCUCUCUCUUCCCCUUCCCAACGGCAUAAUGCUGGAACAAAACCUUCAUCUAUACGCCUUCAAUCUGUGCCCAUUGUCUAGAACGGCACCAUGCUAUAGGAGUCUGCCUCUCGUCUUUGAGUUUGGCAGAGUUAAGGUGUUCUUGUUCUGUCCUUGUCCAAUUGUUUCCAUUCUCAGAAAAUACUUGCAUUCCUUGUAUAUUUGUUCCUCACCCACAUGCUCACUUAAAAAUGGCAGUGAUCAAAAUCCUCAUCUGUAAUCAGUGGCGUAGCGUGGGGGGUGCAGGGGGGGCCGGGUGCAACAUCUGGGGGGGCGCGCUCGCACUCGCAGCUCUCUGCCCCUACCUCGCUCACUCACUCUCUCUCACUGCAGUGCUGGCUGUGCAAAUCCGAUCCAAGCCGCUGGGGAGCCGCCCACUGUGGAGGGGGUGGGUGCCAGGCGUGCGGUGCGGAGAGAGAGCGAGGGACUAUCUGGGGGAGGGACAGUGCAGCGGCCGCCCAGCGCAGCGCUGAGCGCGGGAGAGAACCACACCAGACCAGCCCAGGCAGCAGCAAGAAGAAGCUGGCAGCGGCGGCAGGUUAGGGGUUAGGGGGCGCAAAUUACUUGCCUUGCCCCGGGUUAGGGGGCACAAAUUACUUGCCUUGCCCCGGGUGCUGACAACCCACGCUACGCCGCUGUCUGUAAUCAAAACAUGAGGCCUGACUGUGUGUCAAAAUGUAGCGCUUCUUUGAAAAUGGAAACCCCUUUUCCCAACCCCUCCAGUCUCUGGGCAAAGGGACAUUACCAGAAACCGUAGAUCUGACUAAUAAAUAGAAUCUACUCUGCAUCAAAGUCAGCAGGCAGAUGAAGCUACAGGUAUUAGCUUUUCAUCAAGCUGCUAAUCAGUAUAUUCACUGAAGCUCUGAUCAGUUCAUUCCUCGAAGUGGAAAAAAUAAACGAAUUGUGUUGCAUUUUUUCUUAGGAUCUGAAAGGUUGUUGUAAUCGCUUAUAUAUAGUUUAGCCAGAUAUAUAGCUUUUAAGAAGGUGCAAAAAAUAUGUGAAUUAUGUUGUAAUAGGAAAGGAAAGGCUGUCUUUCAGUGACUCCUCUUGACCUUGACACCAUCUAUUCUGAAAAGCUCUGCGGUUCUCCCACAAAUUCCCAGCACAAUGUUUUAAAUUUCUUGCCAGUUCUGUUAUACAGUUUUCUUGUUAUCUAGCCAUGAAAAAGAAUUAUCAUCUUAUUGUUUUCACAUUUAGGAAAUUCGUUAUUCAGUCAUUUCCUUUUUCCAUAAAUGUUGCCCCAUGACACAUUAAUUAUCAGAAUGCAUUCAGGAACUCAAGGUGACUGAGUAUUUACAACUGGGGCGGCUUCUUUCAGGGUGAGGCAGUGUGUGGUUUCUUUCCCUUACCUCUCCCCUCUCAGUGAUGUGUGACCUCGUCGAGAUAAUUUCCCUUCCAGUAAUGUGACUUGCCAAGAUGUAACAGAGGUACAGUUUAAAAAUGCUAAAUGCAAGCUCUUUGUUCCACAGAGAACAAAUGCCUUCUGGAAAAAACCAGCAACACAAAUGAUAUAUAAAUCCCACCAGAUCAGAAUCCUUGAUCCCGCCAUUACCAGGAAAACAGCCUAUGAACUGCUCCACUUGCCUACAAGGUUCUCCAGACACGUGGUAAGUAUUAUUUCACACGGCUCAUUUCAGGAGAACUAUUACUGUCCCUGCCAUUCUACAUGAGUUGGAGGCUGUAUAAACCCUAAGUCACAUGGUGAGCCUGUACAAAUAGAAGUCAGCAUGUUUGUUUUCCUUCCUUCUGUGCUGUAUUUCAAGAUUUUUUAGAAUGACUGAUUAGGGCUAAUAUCAAACCAGAUGAUGAUGAUGCACAAGCACCUUGAAAUAUCAUUUGGCUUUGGAGUUUCCUGUGACGAACUCUGUAACACAGCCAAUGCCACAGGAAGCCUGUGCUAUAGAAAGAAGACACAUAAACCCACAAUAGGGUAAUACCUUAAUUAGGAUCAAUUCAGAUGUCAUAAAGUAGUGAGCAAGCAUCUGAGUUCUCCAGGACUCCUCCUUUAUACUAGAUGGCCAAGCAGACCCUUUUGUUCUUUUGUUUAAUAUCCAGCCGGAAGGUGAUUUCUGGGGAACCUAAAAGCUUGCUUGCUGUUUUGUGAAAUUCGAGAGGUUCCUAAUAUUAGAUGCUCCUAAUAAUUGUAUAAUCCUGGGCUGGAUCUAGACAUAUCAAAGCAGUGUUUCAGUUAAAUGUGUUGCAAACUUUGUAUGAGAAAUCAGGUUAGCAAACACAGAACUCCACAGCGCCAUCUGAUGUUUUUUCUUUGCCAGUGUAGCUGAGUCCCUGGUUUGCAAAGUAUAGGCUGCAAAGUAUUUUGAGUCUGGCUUUUAGUUCUCUGAAGUUUUUAAUUUAGGCAAAACAUUUCUUUCUCCUUAAUAAGUAACCAAACACCAGGGCUGUUUUUUAGCCAGAACUCGCCAGACCAGAACUCAGUUCUGGCACCUCUCAGAUGGACACCAUAGCCAUUAAAAAGUUGGUGUUCAUGGUGAGUUCUGGCACCUCUUUUUCUAGAAAAAUAGCACUGCCAAACACUAAUACAUUGUGUUCGUGUGAUGAGUGUGUUUGUAGAUAAAAUGCUUUUGGUUUUAUGCAGCUUGUAUUUUUGUGCUUUGUUUUGCUUUUUUAGAAGCCCAAGCAUCCCACCACGGGGUUAAUUGCCAUUGCUUUUGCAUUUCAUAUAUGCAGUGAAGUUCACCUGGCAGGCUUCAGGUACAACUUUGAGGACCGAAACAGUUCUUUGCACUACUAUGGUCAUGACACCAUGUCUCUGAUGAUCCAGGUAAGGUACUACUUCCUUCUUAGCAUGCAUAUUUUGUUUAUUCCAUUUUAUUUUAAUUUUGACUGGAUUCUAUCAAAUAGUGGGUUGGUGCUAGCAGAAAGAGAGGGUGCCUGAUUUUCACAGGACGCCUUCCAUUUACUUUUUUUUUAAUGAUAUUUAUUGGAAUUUCAGAAAAAAGAAUUACACAAAAACAAGAAGUAAAAAUACAAGAAAAAUACAAAAUACAGAAUAAAAGAAUAAAAGACACUUAAAAAGAACAAAAAAGAAAAAUAGAUCAAUCUUUCCAUAGCUUACAUUCAUAUCCUUGUUUCCCUGACCUCCUCAUACCUCCCUUUUUUGUAUUCCAGUUCAAUUAGUUAAGUCAGCAAUUUCUUUCCCUCUUUGUUUUCUCAUAAUCCUUUAACUUAAUAUACUAUAACUUUAAAUUUUCAUCUGUUAUCAAUCCUUUUUUACAUACACCUUUAUGGCAUUACUGCUUAAACCACCUAGCUUCAUUCCAACAUCAUUCUAACAUUCAUUAAUUUUGCAAUAUGGAACGCCUUCCAUUUCCUUCAGUCCUCUGUACAUAUUGUUUCAACACCCCAACCCAGUUGUAGGAUGUUUGGGUUUCAAGGGGCUGCAAUGGAUUGCUCCAUCUUGUGUGAGUGGAAAUGCUUUCCACUAGCGUAAAGCCACCAUUGGCUUUAACCCUGUAUUUCUAAUCCAUGUUUGGGCUCAGUUGGUGCAUAAUGCAAAGUGAAACAUGGCUUAGCAUGGAUCUGUGGCUUCCUGGAGAGGAGAUUGGGAUCCCUUUGCUCCUGCUCUAGUCCUGCUGCUGCGGACUAAGCCAAGGUUUGGCUUAGCAUGUCGUCCAAGCCUAGGCUCAUACCUUGUCCUGCUUACAGACAAACCACCAGCUGUAUGCUUUUCUGGCAGGGACCCUCAUUUGAAAAGGCUGUCAACUAACCUAAGGGAACUGGAUGGUGGUCUGUAGCACUUUACCUGAGAAAGCUUUCUCUGUUAAAUUUGCAAUUUAAUAAAGGGGCUUUCUUAAAUUGUCACUUAGGGACAAUCUUCCACCAUUUUUGCUGACCCCCUUGCAAGCAUAACAAGCCCCAGCCUUCCUCCCAGAGGUGGGCAUGAAAGGGAGGUAAGGAGCUUACUUGGCUGAGCAGUUGUUCAGGUUUCCCAUUUCCUUGCUCAGAAGCACCUGAAGCACAUUAGCUGUGCAGUGGCAAGACUAGCAAGCAAGUUCAGGGAAGUGGCACCAUCAUUUUUGACUUGGCUACCGAGUCCAGUUAAAAAUCAAGGACCCUUGGUUAGAAUCCCAUUUAUUUCAGUGAGAUUUAGGGUGCAUAAUGUUCCCCUGAUAGGGCCCCGGGAUUAAGAUACAGAUACCCCCUUUUCACUUUUUUAAAAAGAUUACAAAAUUCUGUGUUAUUUUUGUUUUGCACAGAAUGAAUACCAUGAUAUUUCUGCUGAACAAAGGUUUCUGAAGGAACUUGUGGACCGCAGCAUUGUGGUCAAUCUCACAGAAAAAUAA